GUCUUCUCUUUAAUCUGCAUCUGUAUCAUUGCUAGCGCAUCCCCAGUAGCUUCCUGGAUUGCUUUUUGUUCCUCCAUCUCCUUUUUCGAUUUGUCCAUUUCUUUUCUUUGUUCCCUUUGUUCUUUGCUAAUUUUCUUCACCAUCUCUUCCAUUUGUUGAUUUUUAUUCUUAAUUUCUUGUACUUUCUUAUCUGUCUCCUUCAUUCCUUCUAAGGCUUCUGUUAAUUUUUCCUUUAUUUCUUCAUUUUCUUUUUCAUUAUUUUUCAUUGUGUUUUCUAAUUUUUCUAAUUUCCCAUCAAUUGUAUUGAUUUUUUCUUCCAACUCUCUUCUCAAUCCUCCCACGUCCAAUUUCAAACUAAUAAUAAGCUCCUUCAAAUCCAUUUCUUCAAGGCCUGAGUUUCUUCUUAAUUGUUGCUGUUGACUUCCAGUUCCAGUCAUCUGUUUUUUAAUUGCAUGAGACAUUUUGCGUUCUCUUUUUCAACCACCAGAUGUCCUUCUAUUGUUUCAAUUUUCCUUUAUUACUGCUUUUCCUACUUUGUCCACUGGGUGUCACUGUGUUCUUAUUUACUCAGCUUGCCAGCUUCUGCCCUCCUUUAAUCCUCUCUUUCACUAUUUUGUCUUCGUCACUUCCUCCUUCUUCCUUCUUCCUCCUUCUUGAUGAUUACUCAGCGUCUUCAGACCCUCAACGCCAUCUUAUCUUAUCUGUUAAAUUCCCCUCCUUUCCCCCACAGUGUUCCUUAUUCCUUUGUCCUUAUCUUUCCUUCAAGGACAUUCGGUUUCAAAGCAGCUGCUUUACUCCGCCCAGCUCCAACAACAGGCAGCCUGCACCGCUUUGCACUUUGUAGUAAGUCCGUUUCAGACAGUGUGCUUUUCAAAUAGUUUAAUUGCAAUCUGAGUGAUUUCUUUACACUCUCUCCGUAUUUUUUUUCUGUUCUUCUGUCUUCCCUUUACUUUUGUGGUAGCAUUACUUCUCCUUCGCUAUUUUUACUCUUUAUCUUGUUUUGGGUUUACUUGCUCCGUGAGGGAUUUCCCCCCCUGAGUUCCCUUUUCCCCCCUUGUCUUAUUUCCUUUUAGGUUAUGUUGCUGCUGCUACCACUUUACGUUUAUUUUAAUAUAGAAAUAGAGAUUUUACCAUCUUGUCGCUGCUUCAGUGAUGUGAGGCUUUUCACCGGUCUGUUUGAUGUUCUUCUCUGUGCCUGGAUUCCCCCCCCACACCUCAGCCGUUUUUUUCUUUUGGCGAGGGGUGCCGGGACUCCAAAAAGACACUGCCGAAGUUCCUUUGACUUGAGCUUCCUUCCAAGCCUUUUCAGGGGUCGUUUAGCCAAACGUUGCCCCUCACAGUACCGGUGUACGCCCCGACCUGCUUACUGCAGUCAGAGCUCACACUGUUGCAGCUGUUGUAAAAGCGGAAGUGCAUUCCUGUUCUAUGAUAUCUAUACCAAAAUAAAUCACGAGUUGUAGCAUAAGAAAUUAUAGUCUGUGCACUACUUGGUGCCUCGACAACACAAUCCUUUUUUCCUUACUCAGAUGUAAGCCCCAUUAAGUUCAGUGGGGCCCAGGUAGUUGUAAGAUUUCAACCUUAGGCUCAAUGGCUGUGCAUUUAUGCAUAUAUAGAUUAGAGACACUAUGUAUGUAUCUGUUCUCUUCCCAGAUUUAAUAUCUAGCAGCUUUCAUGCACAAGCUUAUGCAAGGUGCACAUACACUCUCCAAAAGGCAAAAAUGCUGUUGUAGUCCAAGCACCUGCUUAGCUGCAGAAGUUGCCAGAAGGAGGCGUACAAGCCAAGGAACCACCUAACCAUCUUAGGGACUCCAGAUUUGUUUAGGGUUUACUCCUUAGCUUUUUCUUCUCCCAGAAGGCAACAGAGUUUUAAGAUCCGUUUUCCUUCUCCUAGAUGGACUAGCUUUGCAGGUUGAUGAGCCACAUCUGCCCCUCUUUCCUUCUACAUCACAUGCAGAACCCACCUUCUUGACCAUUGAACCCACUAUUGGUCUCGUCCACUCAAUCUGCAGAAGCCUGUCUUCAUCGCAUGCAGGGGAACAUCUCUAACUCACAGAGGGUUUGAGACCCAUUGGCUCACUUCACCUGCUUUAGCUGGCCACUGAAAGCCAUUUCCCGAGAUGUGGCCGCUAUCGCAUGCUUCUAGGAGCCACAGGUGAGAGUUCCAUGCAGGGUGGGGGCCAAAGGUGAACAAACAAUCCCAGAAGGUGCAUAGCGUGUCGCUCACCAGUGGUACUACCCCUCCCCUGAUACAGUGGUGCCCCUCAAGACGAAUGCCUCGCAAGACGGAAAACCUGCUAGACGAAAGGGUUUUCCGUUUUGGAGGUGCUUCGCAAAACGAAUUUCCUAUGUGCUUGCUUCGCAAGACGAAAAUGUCUUGCGAGUUCCUGCGGGGGUUUUUUCCUUUUUCCCAAGCCGCUAAACCGCUUGUCAGCUGAUCGGCUAAGCCGCUUAACAGCUGAUCGCUAAGCCGCUUAUCAGCUGAUCCGCUAAGCCGCUAAUACUGUAGCGCUAAACCGCUAAUGGGCUUGCUUCGCAAGACGAAAAACCCGCAAGACGAAGAGACUCGCGGAAUGGAUUCUUUUCGUCUUGCGAGGCACCACUGUAUCCCAUACACCCCAGAAAGGUAUCAUAGAGCAAGCAAAGAAGUGGUGAGAAUCUGUAUCUUUCAAAAAGUACUGCAAAACAGAAUUUAGAUUGCAUUUUAGUGGCGGAAAUGACUGGCAGAAUCCGAGACCAGGGAGAAGAGUUGGUGGGAGAAGAUUGGAAGAAAUUUAAAGACUAUUUACUGAAAUACUGCAAAAUUAAUGAAUGCUAGAAUGAUGUCAGAAUGAAGUUAAGUGGUUUUAGCAGCAAUGUUAUAAAGGUGUAUGUAAAGAUGGAUUGUUAAUAGGUGAGAAUCUAAAGCUAUAAUUUAUUAAGUUAAAAGAUUAAGACAAAAACAAAGAGGGAAAGGAAUUGCUGAAUUAACCAAUUGAACUGGAAUACAAAAAAGGGAGGUGAGAGGAGGUCAAUGAAAUGUAAGGUAUGGAAAGAUUGAUUUGUUUUUAAGUGCUUUUUAUCUUUUUUCUGUAUUUUGUAUUCUGUAUUUUUUCUCUUUUUUCUUUUAUUUUUUCUCUUUUUAUCUAUGUAAUCUAUUGUCUUUGAAAUCUUAAUAAAUAUCAUUAAAGAAAAAAUAGAUUGCAUUUUAGCAGUCAAAGUUCAACCAGUGUGGGAACAGUGGAUUAAUUUGAUAUUGUAUACUUAAUAUUAGAUAUAAACCUUCAUAAUAGGAUGGACUAGAAGUAUUUAAAGUUUACUCAAUCAGACUGCAAACGCGAACGGGACUUGGCUUGCCGUUUAUGCAGAGUCAGUAUAGUCUCUUAUCUGAAAAUCCAUUCAAUUUGCACUUAUCUCUGAACUUCAUGUAGUUUCUGGAAUAAUGACUUUUAAAAGGAUAUGGGUACAUUGCCAACAUUACGAUAAACAAUAUUAAAAAAAACCAAAUAGUGAUUUAAAACAACACUAUAUCAUACUGCAGACAGCAGUUAAAAAAAACAAUGUAGAAACGUCAUAAAACUAUUGGUCCAAAGCCUGUUGUUGUUUUUUUAAAAGUAUUUACAUGUUUCUUGAAUACAGGUAAAGGUUUUCAGUGGUACCUCGGGUUACAUACGCUUCAGGUUACAUAUGCUUCGGGUUACACACUCCGCUAACCCAAAAAUAGUACCUCGGGUUAAGAACUUUGCUUCAGGAUGAGAACAGAAAUCGUGCUCCGGAGGCGCAGCAGCAGCAGGAGGCCCCAUUAGCUAAAGUGGUGUUUCAGUUUAAGAAAAGUUUCAGGUUAAGAACAGACCUCCGGAACGAAUUAAGUACUUAACCCAAGGUACCACUGUAUUAAUAGUUAAACUAGUCAGGCAAGUUUAUGAGACAAUGGCCACCUAAGGACCACCAUUAGUCUAAAAAGAGGCGACGGUGCCUUCUGGGCAAAUGAGUGGAACUUUUGCCCUCUAACAAGCUAUUACUUAGAAAGGCAAUAGGCAGUGCUAGAAGCAGGCAGCAACUAAAGACAGACCCAUUUCUGCUUGAUUCCAAGGCUGUGAUUUUGGGAGAGGCAAGACCUUCUAGGUCUGGAUGUUAAUGCUGUGAGCCCCCCACCCCACCCCAAAUCUUAGGCACAAGUUGUAUAUUUGUGUAGGUAAACCAUAUAUCAUAAAGACACCAUGGUCUCCGCUGUCUCUCAUUCCAAGGAAGGCAAACCCCAGGAAAGCGCCCAGAACCCCUCGGAGACUAGGGUGGCAUGCAACAAUACAUAGAAAGCAGCCAUAUACUGUCUGUCUAGUGCAGUAUUGCCUAUAUACCUUGUGAAACAUGGACCACUUAUAAACACCAUCUCCAACUCAAAAGAUUCCAUCAACAGUGUCUCCAAAAAAAAAAUUACACAUCACUUGGGAAGACAGGAAACUAAUGCUAGUAUACUGGAAGAAGCAAAGGUCACCAGUGUCGAAGCAAUGAUUCUUCAACAUCAACUUCGUUGGACUGGUCAUGUUGUUCGGAUGCCUGAUUAUCGUCUUCCAAAGCAACUACAGUGGUACCUCAGGUUACAUACGCUUCAGGUUACAUACGCUUCAAGUUACAGACUCUGUUAACCCAGAAAUAGUACCUCGGGUUAAGAACUUUGCUUUAGGAUAAGAACAGAAAUCGUGCUCUGUCGGCGUGGCAGCAGCAGGAGGCCCCAUUAGCUAAAGUGGUGCUUCAGGUUAUUUUCAGGUUAAGAAUGGACCUCCAGAACAAAUUAAGUACUUAACCCGAGGUAUCACUGUACUCUAUUCUGUACUUAAAAAUGGAAAUUGUAAUGGUGGGGGUCAACAAAAGAGGUUUAAAGACUCUCUCAAGGCAAAUCUUUAAAAAUGUAGUAUAAACACCAACAACUGGGAAACACUGGCCUGCGAGUGCUCCAAUUGGAGAACAGCCUUUACCAAAGGUGGUGUGGGCUUUGAAGAUGCUCAAACUCAGAACACAAGGGAGAAACGUGCUAAGAGGAAGACACACUUGGCAAACCCUCACUGUGAUCAACUCCCACUCGGAAACCUAUGUCCCCACUGUGGAAGGACGUGUGGAUCCAGAAUUGGCCUCCACAGUCACUUACGGACUCACUUUUAAAACCAUGUUUAUGGAAGACAAUCUUACUCGGCCAAAGAAGAAGAAGAAGAAGAAUUUAUUUGUAUUUAUUUACUAUAUUUAUUUUGCUAUUACAUUUUAAUUCUACCUUUCUUCCAAGGAACUCAAGGAAGGAACUCAUUCUUUGCCCAGCAGAUGGUUGAAGCUCUCUUUGGUAUAUUUGGUCGGCAACAAAUUGUUUAGGAAGGGAUAAGAUAAUGAGACAUAAGCAAGAUUGUUCUUGAGGAAGGCUUUCUGUCUGCCCCAUGCCAGUACUGCUGCUCCUCCUGUGGCACGCUCCUCAGUAACAUUUGCAGCGGGAAAGGCUUCUCUUCAAACUGUGAGUGGUUUUUUUUAAUCCUGGCAGGCUCCUCAGGAGUGUUGUGAGGAGUCUAGCCAGUUGGUGAGCUCUCUAAUCUAAAACAGCUGUCCCCAGACUGAGGCCUCCCAUUUGCAUUGUUUAACAUACUUAGAAAAUGAAGUGUUCAUUUUUAACAUUCCUCCUCCAAUUGGUUUAAUGCUGAAUUACAGAAGAGAACUAAGCAAAACCAGGUGCUUUUGCUGUAUUCUCUCCAGUGUCUAAGGAGGAGCAGAUCUCUCCUUCUCCCUUCACUCUUCUCCCCUCCUUCCUUCCCUCCCUCCCUCCUCCUCCUUCCUUCCUUCCCUCUUUCUCUCUCUCUCUCUCCUUCUGCUUCUCUAUGAUUUUGGGUCUUUCAUUCUGUGGAAUAUAAAUGAUGGCAGGACUAACGUUCUGGCAAAAGGUUUAAUGUGCAAAACUAUUUUUCAGCUAUUCAGCUGUGCACACGUUAUUUUCCCCGCUCAACUUUUUUCUUCAGUUUUGGACAUGACAGGAUUAAAAAGGUAGGUCCUAUGCACUCUCUUUCUCUCCUUCUCUCCCUCUCUUAGUGUUUACUGAAUGCAAACCUUGCUUAAUAGCAGAUGUCUCUUCUCCUGUCACAUUUUCUAAAACUGUAUGUAAACUAACAGGAGGGAGAGCGGGGAAACAGACUAUUCUGUAGCAUGAUGUAUACAUAGCAUCUACCAAUUUCCUUUGCACACUUUUCUCUUUUUGCCCUUGAUAACUGCAGUAACUCAUAGAAAGUGUGGAUCUUAAAGGGGGUUUUCCCCCUGUGCAAACAUGUAUAAAAAAAUAUUGAUUUCAUCGUUCACUAUUAUUUAACUGCUAUUGCAUCUGGUGGCUAAGCCAGCCUCUCCAGCUGAUAAAUGUGACAGAUCUCUUGAGAAUAGCUGUCUGGAAGAAGUGAUAGGGACUGUAAAUAGAACUCUUACAAAAGUAAACCUGGAAACAUGACACUGAAGAGAUAUACAGAAAUUCAGGGAUUUGUUGUUGAUGAGGAAGAUUAUUUCACUCUCUCUGUAAAUGGUGCUUUACAGAGGAGGCCAAACAAAAAAAGUCAGGUCUCUACCCCAAGGAGCUUGCAAUGUAAAUUUUGAAUGGGAAAAAAUGACAGAGGGAGGAAGAGGAAGGCAAGAGGUGAAUAAUAUGCACAAGGUCAGUUACAUGCAGCUAGGAAUUAAUCUUGCUGUUGACUGGUGACUCUGAAACCUCUUUCUUCCUCCACCCUCAAAAGUGUCGAUGAGCAGAGCUUUAUGUGUAGCACUUUCAGUACAGAGGAACAGAGCUCCUUCAGGGCCAUUUAAGCAAGAAAGGUCUAACUCUGAAUACCAGUUGCACCCGCAAAGGAGGGCUUUUGCUUUCAUGCGCUGCUUGCAGGUUCCAUGGGUGCAUCUGGUUGGCCAUGGUGGCAAACUGGGCUAGAUGGAACUUGUGUCUGACCCAGCAGUCAUCUUCCUAUGUUAUAUUUGCAAGUGUGCUUGUUCUAACGUGUGGAUGUAACCAACAUGCGGUCACAAACAGGUGUGCCAUAUACUGGUAUAUUCAUCAGGGAUCCAGGAUUGCCCAGUUAUUUGUACACUCUCAUUGGCAAGCCCAGGUUUGCUGCUUUGUAAUAUAAGCAACAACUUGAUUUCCUUCUACUUGUGCUACAGAAUGAAUCUGCACUUGGGUGUGCAUUUUUGAAGUUGGACUACCUCUCUGGAAAGUUUCCAGGAGUUCAGCAUUGAAUGACAGAUGACAUAGCACUAGGCAGUGUCUCUGGAGAACAAUUCUAGUUUUCUAUGACUGAAAGGCCUGCCAAGCAAGCAAACAUCUGCCUGCACAGGAUUACCAAUGGAGGGAUUUGCUUGUUUUUUGUGUGCUUUGUUUCUGAAUCAUGUUCUGAAGGGCUUGAGAAGUUGCUGUCAGAAUUAAAAACAGCAUUGUUUGCCUCCUCUGUAAUAUGCAGAGAGAGAACAAAAUAUGCUGUUAGCAUCCACUUGUGCUUUGGGAGUUGAAAACUCUGGGAGCGGCAAUGAGGAAAGUUUUCUUUGAAGCACUGGCCUUCCUAGAAAAUGUUUUAAAUCAAAUCCCCCACAAACAGUUAAAUAGACAUAGAAGCUAUAUAUUAAUAAAGGUGCAAUCAACCAAAAAGUUGUUUUGCACAAGCUCCAUUAAACUACCACACUCUCUCAUACAUCAAAUUUAAAUGGGGCUUGUACUAAAAUUAUGAUGGAUUAUUUCAGCUAAUGUAAACAAGUUGCUUUCCUGGAAAGUAGAUCACACAAAUACGGUAUGAACUAAAGUUCAAGAAACUUAUGUUGAGAGACUGAGAGAUUAUAUGACAGCAAAUCUACAGAAAUCAUAAUGUUUACAUUUUAAACAUUUGAUUUCCAAGGAAUAGGGAAGGCUGUAUUUUAAGUAUUCAAAAAUAGUCAGCACUCUUAUACCACUUUAAAAGUCAUGGCUUCUUCCAAAGAAUCCUGGGGACUGCAGCCUGUUAAGAGUGCUGAGAAGUGUUAGGAGAGCUCUUACAGAGUUACAAUUCCCAGCACCCUAAUGAUCAAUUGUAAUAAUGAGCUGUACUUUGAAGAGUUGGCAUCCAGCACCUAAACGCAGGACAGAUAUUAACCCGGUGAUUCUCAAACUGUGUGCCAUCUGAAAGUGUGCUAUAAAAUUAGGGGUUCUUUUAAGUAUAGGCUUCGCAUGAAAGGCAGCAUGAGGUCUCACUAACUCUACUGGAAGACCAAAAAGACAAAACAACAAACAGAGGACAGCAACUCCCUGCUAGCUGCGGGAUCACACAGCUCAAAUUCUCUACAGAUGGGCAACCUGUAGCCCCUGUGGAUGGUUUUGUAGUACAUUCCCCAUCAUCUCGUUCUAUCUGGGGCUAAUGGGAGCUGGAGUCCAACAAUGUCUUGGAGGGCCACAGUUUCCCCACAGUUUCUGCCUAGACCCAACAACCAGGAGAUGACCCUUAAAGAUACAGCAACUCUAUUUUAAAGAACUGUUCAAUAGGCCACAGGCUCCUCCUGAAUGCUUCUUUCAUAGGCGGCUGUAUAUUACUUGACUCAGUGAAUGUUUCACUGCCCUGCUCUGCUAUUCUUCUGUUGGAAGUGGGUAAUUUAGCCAGAGUGACCAAUUUUGCUGUGUUGUGCAAUCACACCGGAUGCAGAGAAAGACAGCAUUACUUACUCUCAGAGGAAGUGGACAUUACGGUCAGGAGACUCUGGGCUUUUGCCUACAAGGGUCUGUAGGCAAAAGCCCAGAGUCUCGUUCAGCGGAGAGCAGCCUCAAAUGCAGCAGGACUGGCUUGCCACAUAUUAAAGUCAACAAAGUGAUCUCCUCUGGAUGCAAUGGUGGCUGAGUGCAGUGGGGUCAUAUCAGAAAACAGGUGGGUUACACAUAUCACUGUCCUGCAUAAUCAUGAGGUUUAUGUUCCUAUUGCAGGAUAAUUACCAUUUUCAUGGUGGCUGCCUGCCUCUUAAGUCGUGGGAAGACGCAGGUAAGAUAUGUCACAAAUAUUUCAACGUUUUAUACAAAGAGAUUUCAUGACCGUGAACUGCCAAAGAGGAAGACCAGGACACAGUGCAGUAUUGGAUUUGUGUUACACUGUUGGCUUGGGUCAAGACAGAACCAGAGCCUGACAUUUGCAUUAGACUUAUUCUCUCAUUCAGCUUGGUGGUGGUGCGUAUAAUAAUAAUAAUAACAAUAACAGUGUUAUAUGGCCUUUGUAAGAACAAAAAUCAAUAGCUGCAUCAAUAAGUAGAAGUUAUGGUAAACUGACUUAGAAAAACCAUGUAAAAACUAGUAAGAACCCAGCAUUGCUAUGCAGAACUUGACUUCAGCUCAACAUCUUCUCCACACCCUUAUAGAUCAGUGAUUGAACACAUCUCCAGGUUAAAGGACCAGGAAGUGGCUCAUGGGAUAGGCCUCACUGUUUCUGGGACCAUGGAGAACUGCUGUCAGCCAGAGUAGACCAGUGGUGGUAGACUGUGGCCCUUUACAGGCUGUUGGACUCCAACUCCCAUCAUCCCCAGCCAACAUGGUCAGUGAUGAGGGAUUGUGGGAGCUGUAGUCCAUCAACAUCUGGAGGGCCACAAGUUCCCCACCCUUCAAGUACAAAAUCUUGGAUUUGAUAGACCAAUAGUUUGAUCUGGUGUAAUCAGUUCCUACCCAAAUCCUAACCAGGUUCAUAACAGAUUCAUAAGAAUCGUGCCCUAAAGCCAAUCACCUAAUAGGCAAUGUAGUUAGGGCAGAGGUAAUAUAUACUUCUACCAGAUAUGGUGAUCAGGUGAAAAAGAGGGCAGGAUUCUGGCACCUAAACAGUUUUGUAGACAAGGGAGUUUCAGCUGCUCCUUUCCACUUUUGCCAGAUGGCGGCAAGUGUAUUUCCUACAGGCGCAUCUUCAGGACAGAAUUCCCUGCAACAUGAGCUGUGACAAGAGACAUACGCUGACAGAGAGAUUCUUGAUAAAACUAUUGUCCCUAGAAUACAGAAGGCAGAAGCAAAUGGCCAUUGUUUAAUUUAGCUUUAAAAUAUAUAGGAAAACACACUUUAGGCCAGAAUUCUAAGGUGUGCAGUGAAACCCAAACAGUAGAGAGUUUAUUGUUUUUUUAAAAAAUGAAAGGAGGUCCAGGCCCAGAGGCCUACCAUUUGAUGAGAAUGAAAAACAAUAAUAUGUGACCACUUUUAUUUAUUUAUUUAUUUUUAAGAUGGUCUUAUUUUUUUUUAGCUGUUAAUAAUAUUUUAAAAUGUUUUUAUGUGCGAUGGUUUGUCUCCAGUCAGUGACAUUGGCCUAUUAGCGCAAGGAGGUCCACUUGUAUGACAGAAGUCCCCUUCCGUCUCAUCUGCCUAUGUGCCCCCCUAUGUGGCAGCGUUGGAGGUUGGCCCCCAGAAUAGUUUGGGGAGGCACAGGGGGGAUAAUAGCAAGGGGACUUUCUAUUGCUACAACCCUUUAUUUUCAACUGUAUUGUUUUGCCGCUUUGUUGUUUGCUGCCCUGGGCUCCUCUCAGAGGAACUGCAGGGUAAUAGUAAUAAUAAUAAUAAUAAUAAUAGAACCCUGGUAGCAUAGCUGUCUCUGGGAUGCUAGGAGCACAGUCUCUCUCUUUUUGGCUCUGAGGAACUACAAUAUGAAACUGAGGAGAUGGGGGUAGAGAUGGAGAUUCUGAGGAGAACUGUAAACAGGACAGAGAGACUGAGGAGAUUACAGAGAGGGAAUAAAGGAUCCAUAUUGGCAGAAACAGUAGCAACAGUUUAUGCCUUUUGCCAUCACAUAGAAGCUCCAAGGCCAAGGUGUGUGACAGAAUUUGAGGCCUAGCCCUAAAGCUAGCAAUAAGUUUGUGAGAUUCUGAAUGCUGGACUCUGCUUUUAUUCUGUUGCUUAGAAGCGUUUUAAAAAUUGUAUACUUGCCCGAGCUGUUCCUCUUCAUCCCUCACCUCUUUCCUCCUUCCUGUUAAAUUCUAGCUGUUGCCUUUCAAUUUAAAUAAUUUGCUCACUAGUUGCUUCACCUACCUAUGGUGGACAUUUACACAUAGCAAAAAAAUUAGGAUAAAAUAGGACACAUGUUUUCAUAAACAUUCCACAUGCUACUUUAUAUGUUUAAGAUGAAAAUUUAGAAAUAAUUGCUGCAGUUUAAUUAGAAAUGCAUCUGAUGUGCAUAUGUCUGCAGCUCAGUUGGUAAAGCAUGAGACUCAUAAUCCCAGGGUUGUGGGUUCGAGCCCCACAUUGGGUGAAAGAUGCCGGCAUUGCAGAGGGCUGGACUAGUUUCUUAGGGGUGCUGGGAAAUGUAGCUCUGUGAGGGGUAAACUAGAGUUCCUAGGAUUAUUUGGGGGAAAUCAUGUGCUUUAAAUGUACGGUACAUUAUCAGCCUUGGACAUCAAAUAUAAUAAUAAUAAUAAUAAUAAUAAUAAUAAUAAUAAUAAUAUAUUAUUUGGACCCCGCUCAUCUGGCUGGGUCUCCCCAGCCACUCUGGGCGGCUUCCAACAAAGAUUAAAAAUACAUUAAAAUGUCACACAUUAAAAACUUCCCUGAACAGGGCUGCCUUCAGAUGUCUUCUAAAUGUCAGGUAGUCUUUGACAUCUGAUGGGAGUGCGUUCCACAGGGCAGGCGCCACUACCAAGAAGAAGGCCCUCUGUCUGGUUCCCUGUAGCCUCACUUCUCGCAGUGAGGGAACCGCCAGAAGGCCCUCGGCGCUGGAGCUCAGCAUCUGGGCAGAACGAUGGGGCGUGGAGACGCUCCUUCAGAUAUACUGGGCCGAGGCCGUUUAGGGCUUUAAAGGUCAGCACUUUGAAUUGUGCUCGGAAACGUAUAUAUGAUGUCUUCCAGUAUUAUUAAAUUUAUAUGCUGCCCAUCUCCUAAAGGUCCCUAGGGCAGCAACAGAGCACUGUCCUCUUGAUAGUCCCUCCAAAAAACCACAAAAAACCACAUGUGCAUGGCACAGCUAAGCAAGCUAAGAUGCUGGGCCAACACUUAACACACCCCUUGUUAUCCUCAUCAAGCAGGGUGUUGAUGAACACAACCUUCAUUGCAUUGUCAGGAAAUUCUCACACGUAUUCAUGGAUCACUCUGGCCCAUGAACGCUGUGAACCCAGUUUCCUUGGAACUUGGCAGGCAGGCUGAAGAGUCUUGACCGGUGGGACAGCUGGCUGAGCUGCUUGCACAAGCUGUCCUCUCAGGGUGGCAAUCUCCUGGGCAAAGGCUUGGAGGGCUCAGUAGACACCGAUGAUCGCAGCUGCUCCCGCCGCCCCCCAGCACCUUCAUCCAUUCCGGCACCUUGAGAAGGUGUGGGUUGGAUCAAACUGUCCUGGAUGUGGGGCUUGGAUUCCAUUUUCUACUAUAGACUUUAUUGCUCAGUUCAGUAUGUUAUGGAAGCAAGGCAAGGAUCACUGGUGCAUGGCAUGGCAACCUAAGAUGUUGAUUCAGCCGUAGACACACCUCUUGUAUUCCUGUUGCAAAGGAGCAGAGCAGGCAUGGCAUUAGCUCAGCAAUACACUGGGUCCCUCCAUGGUAUUGGAUUCCUAACCCAUGGACAUGGACCCAUGUCGAGCAGAUUGAUUUAUUGCUCAGAUAAGCCUGAGGUCCGGCACACUUCUGCUGCGCAGGCCUCUGCAUUCCAAAGUCCACAUUCCGAUGCUUCUGAGCAAAGCAGAGUUCAGCAGCGGUAAGAGAAAGACUGCAAAAAACUCCAGAGCAUUCUUCAGUGUGCUUAAAUAAAGUCCACUCAGGAUCUUAGCAGCUAAAAGCAGUUUUAUUUACAGCAGACUAUCCAAUAUCUAUCACAGCGAACAGCAUCGUGAAAACACGUCCUCUCUCCUCAAAAGCGAAAGUAGAGAGAAAGAACAAAGGCUUGAGGCUCUCGGAAAUGACGAACCUCCCCCCUCCCAACAGUAGGCAGUGCGUACACUCUGAGCUGUUUAACCCUGUAAGCUCAGGUUCUCCUCACACCCCCUCUCGCUCUGCGCUACUGUGGGGAAAGUAAGUACAGAACUUACCCCCAACUCCAAACCACCACAAAACUCCCCAUGACGCUGGAAGCUUAAAGGUUUGGUAAAUCCAUCGGCCAGGUUACUGUGACUGGCACAGUACUUCAGCCGUAUCAAACCUGACUGAACACUCUGACACACAUUUUGGAAACGUAUGUCCAGAUGCUUGGUUCUGGCCUUAAAUUGCGCAGAUUCAGCCAAUUUCAAACAGGGUUGAUUGUCUUCCCAAACCGUGAUGGGCAAGCUACAAUCCCCAUAGAUCUCUUGCACCAAGCAUCUAUAGAACUCUAGUUCCCGGCACAAAUCUGACAGUGCACUGAAUUCAGCCUCAGUAGAAGACAGCGCAAUGAGACUUUGCUUCCGGGACUUCCACCCAACUAGUGACUUCCCAAACUUUACCACCAACCCAGACACAGACUUGCGGUCCUGCGAAUUCGCCCAGUCACUGUCCGCAUAGCAUGUGAGCUUCGCCUCACCUUCAGCUGGCAGCUUAAGACAGAAGUCUUUGGUAUGCUGCAGGUAGCGCAGUACCCGCUUGAUACCGUGCCAAGCACUCACACUGGGCUUUGAUGCUUCCCUACUUAGCAGGUUGGUAGCAAAGGCAAUGUCUGGUCUGCUCCAUUGGGACAGAUACAACAGACUACCUAGAGCUGACUGAAAGAGCUCAGCAUUCUCAAACUCAGCACUUUCUGCUUGCUGGCUAUCUUUCACGAAGUUCGUCUCCAUGGGUGUCCGAACUCCUGCACAAUCGGACAUUCUGAACUUCUCAAGCAACUGCUCAAUCUUGCCUUUCUGACUGAGCAAGAAGCUACCAUCCUCAGUUCUCGCUAUCUGCACGCCUAGGUAGAUCUUUACUGCACCCAGGUUCUUGAGCUGAAACCGUUUCCCAAGCUCUUUGGCAAACUUCUGCACCUGUUUGUCUGCCUUUCCAACAUGGAUGAUGUCAUCAACGUAAAAUAACACCAGUUCCUGUGAGUCUCCUGAUCCUCUAAGGAACAGGCAACUGUCAGCAAGACUCUUCCUGAAACCUAGCUUCUCCAAAGCUUCAUUCAGGCACAAGUUCCAAUUCCUGGCCGACUGCUUCAGGCCGUAAAUUGACUUGUGAAGUUUCCACACAGUACCUUGCUCAUUGCCCUCAAACCCUGGAGGAGGAAGCAUGUACAGAUCCUCCUGGAGGUCUGAGUUCAAGUAAGCAACAUCCACAUCAAAGUGAUGCACCAGCAAACCUCUUUGUGCAGCAAUGGCCAAGACCAAGCGUAGAGAUUCACUCCUACAGGUGGGAGCACAAAUUUCCGUAUAAUGCAACCCCUGCGCUGCGUGAAUCCUCUCGCCACUAAUCUGGCCUUAUACUGCGGUUCUCCUGUCGCUGUGGGCUUAAGACGGUAAACCCAGCGGCUACCCACUGUCUGUUCACCCACCGGCAACUUCGUGAGGGAGAACACACCUAGAGACUCCAUUGAGUUCAUCUCCUUCUGCAUCGCCUCAUGCCAUUUCCUGGCUUCUUCCUGAGGCAGUUUCUGAACAUCCUCAAAACUCUCGGGUUCACACUGUGCCAUUCCGACCCACACACUAGUGACGGCAAACCUUUCAGGAGGUUUCCUCUUGGUCGUCCGCGUUGAACGGCGCAGCACUCCUUCAGGAACCCCCUCUGGCCCACUAGGGCCAGCCAGAACGUCCUUGGCGUCAGAGAGCUCCCCUCUGACUUACUGCGCCUUCUGGACUUCUCAGCCGAACCUGUGGGGAAGAUGGAGCACUGCGUUGCUCAAUCUUCACAGCCUUGGGAGAAGUUCUCCCUCUGCCUGCACUGGGUCUCGACUCUGAGCCUCAGUAGCAGGUUCAACCUCUUCCUCUCCUUCAUCAGCAGAGUCUAGCAGACUCUCUGACAGGAUGUCAGGGUUCCCAUGUAUCCUUGCCCAGCCACUCUGCUCACAGAAUUCAGCACUGUUGCUGAGCAGAAUCCUGGACUGAUUCCCUGACGGAUAAGCAAACCUCCACCCCUUGGUCCCUGGCUCAUACCCACAAAAAAUCAUCUUUUGGGACUUGGGUUCACCUUUCUUGCAUUUGGCCUUUGGUAUGAGGACCCAAGCCUCACAGCCAAAAACGCGGAAGUAGUGCACUUUCGGUUUCUUUCCAUGCAGCAAGAAAUACGGUGUGUCACCUACCACUGAAUUGAACGACCUGUUCAGAAUAAAGUUGGCCGUUCGCCAAGCCUCCCCCCAAAAGCGCUGUGGGAGCCCGGCAUCAAACAAAAGAGCUGCGGACAUCUCCCCUAGAGUCCUGUUUCUGCGUUCCGCGAUCCCAUUCUGUUGGGGACUGUGUGGAGAAGUCAACCUGUGUUGAAUCCCCUUUUGCGGAAGAAACUUUGCAGUGCAGACCCGGUGAACUCCCCACCGUGAUCGCUCUGAAAGUUUUGCACCCGUGUGGAAAACUGCAGUUCCACAGCCGCAAUCCAGUCUUUGAUUAGCGGCGCAGCUUCAUCUUUGCGUCGAAGCGUGAAGGACCAGGAGUUCCUCGUAUGGUCAUCAAUCAGAACCAGCGCAAAUUUGGCUCCGCCCAUACUGCUCACAGAAAACGGACCACACAAAUCUGCAUGAAUUAACUGAAAAGCCCUAGUGGUCACCCUCUCAGACCUUGGGUAUGUGCACGUUUUCACCUUUGCGGACUUGCACGCUCUGCAAUCUAGAAACUUAGCACAUGAUUUCAUUUUGCACCCUUGCGUAUACUCUGGGAUCUUCAUCACUGACCCCCAGGACACGUGUGCCAUGCGUCUGUGCCAGAGGUGAGCACACGCAUCAUGAACUGGAACAUUGGCACACUGUGCUUGAGCCUCCUCCGUGUCAUCUGGACCUGCAAAAGAAGCAUCUAUCACAAACAACCUGUCUUUACAUUCAACACUGACUAGGUGCUGUCCAUUCUUAGAAAUAGAACACUUAUUGUUCUCAAAACACACUCUGUAGUUCUCAGCAAGAAGUGCACUGACAGACAGCAACGCGCAGGACAGUCCUGGAACAACAAAAGCCUGGAUUGAAUCCUGCAAGAAAGAACAAAACAGUGAGCCAGUCUGCGUGAGUGGGUGUCGAGUCCCAUCUGCUAAACAGACAGUCUUCCCAGAAGUUACAGAGGUGCAGUUCUCCAGGAAUCCUGCAGAUGGCACUAGGUGAUGCGACGCUCCACUGUCUAUGACAAAAGCCAGCACAGCAUCCUGUUGACAACUCUUGACUACAGCCAUAGAGGCUGCCAAAUGUUUACGUUCAGUGUCUCUGCCAGCUGCCUUCGGCUUGCCUUUCCCACGCUUUGAAGAAGAGCCCUUUAUCUGGUUGCUACAGGAGACGGCCUUCGGCUGUGCCUGUGCCUCCACUGGACAUUCUCUCACCAGAUGGGAGGGGGAGCCACAGCGAUAACAGCGGCGACGCGUAGCAACAGCUCUCACAGCUCCCUCUUCAGCCAUUCCUUUGUUCCCAGCACCCCCACCUUUGGGUGCACAGCCUGGGCCUGCACGCUCCCCAGCACUCUGGUUGUAGGCCUCAACAUCACACGGCCCCUCGGAGACAAAGCAGCUACUCCCAGCUGUAACUUCAGGAACAUGGCCAGCAGCCCCCUCUGGGCUCUCGGCUUCCUCCCUGCUCUCGGCUUUCUCCCGGCCCUGGGCUCCUGCUGAGUUCUCACACAGACUCCUCAGCACCUGCCAGGCGGCCUGAGCCGACUCAACGCCCUCCAGGUGGGGCAACAGCAUAGCGUCCACGCUUGCUCUCAACAUGCAGAGCUCCCUUUGCAUUCUCUGCUCUCUAUCUUCCAGCAAAGCAGCCUCCAGGUCUGCUCCGCCAUCUUCAGCAGCAACUGGCAUGGGUGGGGCCGGCUCCUUCUGGGCUAUACUCCAGAACCCUGUGGCCAAAAACCACCCCCUGACUCUUCUAACCCAGAUAUCCCAGGACUGGGUUGUGAGCUUUUCAAACGGGACAUCAUAAAAGUCCUGGAGCUCAGCCAUCUCCCCCAGUGCUCCCAUUGGGGCUUUGAAGUACUCACGCGUACCAGCCAGCUUCAACGGAGAGGCCUCCAGUGGCUCUUUGCAGCACACAGCAUUGCAGCCAGCUUCCCUGCUUUUCUCCCAGGCAAAGCCUCAAAGCAGGACUUUUUUCCUUCCGGCAGCAAAACAGCAGCUUCUCAGGUUUCUCGUCCUUUUUUAGCACACAGCACUUCAAAGCAGGCUUCCUCUAAUUGCAGUAACUGCCCACCCAUAACCUGUCGAGCAGAUUGAUUUAUUGCUCAGAUAAGCCUGAGGUCCGGCACACUUCUGCUGCGCAGGCCUCUGCAUUCCAAAGUCCACAUUCCGAUGCUUCUGAGCAAAGCAGAGUUCAGCAGCAGUAAGAGAAAGACUGCAAAAAACUCCAGAGCAUUCUUCAGUGUGCUUAAAUAAAGUCCACUCAGGAUCUUAGCAGCUAAAAGCAGUUUUAUUUACAGCAGACUAUCCAAUAUCUAUCAUAGCGAACAGCAUCGUGAAAACACGUCCUCUCUCCUCAAAAGCGAAAGUAGAGAGAAAGAACAAAGGCUCUCGGCUCUCGGAAAUGACGAACCUCCCCCCUCCCAACAGUAGGCAGUGCGUACACUCUGAGCUGUUUAACCCUGUAAGCUCAGGUUCUCCUCACACUCCCCUGGACUACACAGAUGGCACUCAGGGCCUAGCUGCGAUCUGGCCCUACCAUCUGGGUUCCUCUCUAAGAUCAUCAUCAAGCAUCAUAUUGAACUCCUCACAUUGUUCACCCCAGUGAGCCCAGCCUCUCCAUGAUGUCACCAUGGGGCUGAUGACAUUAUCCCCCUUCACCCCCUCUCAGCCUUUGGAUUUGGGCUUAUGUGGAAAGCAAUCAGUUCAGGGGCCUGAACAUCAACUUCCGAGGACCAGUCAUCAGGGACACAGCCCUUCUAGUGAUCAGGUAUUGCAGGCAGCCGUGGUGCUAUCUAAAGUCUAAGAUGUGUUGCUCUUCAAGUUAUUCUUCCAACUUGAUGUUCACUGGGGGGGGGGGAGCUGCUGUCAGAUCGGUAUGGGUGUGGUGGAGGGGGCAGGGAUAAUAAGGGUGGAGUUUCAUGGAGAGCCAGAGAAGUAACCAGAAUGUGACUAGGUUGAUUUGUUCUUCAACGACAUAGGACCCAAAUCUGAGGCCUUCUAACUUGUGGCUUCACGCUCAGGUGGUCUUUUCCAGGUGGUUAGUGCAUGUCAGCAGCUUUCAUGUAAGUGGCCUUGGCUCCUUCUUGUAGCAGCUGGCCUUGGCUCGAGUUCUUGUAGCAGCUGUUGUAUAGCUUGCAAUUCUUGGACAAAGUCAGUAGCUGAAGCAACCAAUAAAGUAUGAGUGAAAGGUGCAUGGGUGGAAUCCAUAGCUGGUAAGGAAUGGAGUCUAUUGAGUAGAGUUCUAGAAGCAGUUGUAUACAAAUUUGGGAGUCCAGUACAAGGGAUCAAAAUGAGCCAUCUUGCUAAAGGUGUCGACCACCACUAAAAUUGUAAUGUGGUGCUGAGGUUUGGGUAGUUCAGUGAUGAAGUCCAUAGAAACCAUUUCCCAUGGUCUAGUGGGUGUAGAGGGUAGUUACAGGUGGCAGGCCGGCCCACUAGCAGGUGUCACACAAUUUUUGUACAUCAUUGCACAUAUUUUUUUACAUGGUGGUUUAUUUUGGAGGUCUUUAAGCAGAGGCUUGACAACCAUAUGUCAGGAGUGCUCUGAUGGUGUUUCCUGCUUGGCAGGGGGUUGGACUCGAUGGCCCUUGUGGUCUCUUCCAACUCUAUGAUUCUAUGAUUCUAUGAUUUUUGGCCACCAGAAUUCUCGAGCAACUGUGUGCAGGAUUUCAUGUUGUCUGAAGUGUCCUGUAGUGGGAUUAUCAUGGCAUUGCUUGAGCAUUUGGGCUGUAAAUUCUCAUGGUGGCACAUAGAUUACUUUAGGAUGAAAGAAUAGUCCACACUAAACAGAGUAGUCGGUGGAGCUGUCAACAUUAGGGGAAGUUAAUUCUUGCAUUUUUUCCCCUCAACAAAGGGAUCUUUGUUGCUCCUUUAAAAAGGUAAAGGACCCCUGACAGUUAAGUCCAGUCUGGGGUUGCGGCGCUCAUCUCACUUUACUGGCCGAGAGAGCCGGUGUUUGUCUGUAGACGGUUUUUCUGGGUCAUGUGGCCAGCAUGACUAAGCUACUUCUGGCAAAGCCAGAGCAGCGCACGGAAACGCCAUUUACCUUCCUGCCAGAGCAGUAUCUAUUUAUCUACUUGCACUUUUUGGCGUGCUUUCGAACUGCUAGGUUGGCAGGAGCUGUCCAUUAUCAAUUGCUCUGGAUGAAGGGUUCAGUUCAGGCUCCCACUCUGCUCUGGUGCUGUUGUAUUCCGGCUUGCAGAAGAAGGCAUCCUCUCAUCAACUUUGAGUGCUGAGUAUGUUGGCGAUCUUGAAAUGGAACCAGGUGAAAAACUGUGACUCGUGGAACUGUCGUUGAUUUAGUGGCUAGGCAAUCCCUAAUUUGUGGUGGUCCAUCUGGAUCUCUAUAGUGUGUUGCUGCACCUUGAAAGUGUCUUUGAUGUCUUUGCACCAGAUGGUGUGGUUCUGUUUGGGCAGGGUUAAUUUUGGGGAGUAGUACAUGUAGGGACAAGCUGCUCCUCCCAUCUCUUCAGCCUGCAGCAGAACCACCCUAGUAGCCACAUCAGAGGCAUCAGGUUCCACAGCAAAGAUAUGGGACAGAUCUGAGUGGUAUACGAUCAGUUCAGAAACAAAAGGUUCCUUUAGGUGUUCAAAGGCUUUCUGUGUGUCUGCUGUCCACUGAAAGGACUUCUUUCCCUUAAGACAGUCUGUGAGUGCGGUGGUGGUUUUCAAACCUCCAGUAAUCAUUAGCAAAGCCAAGGAAGCUUUGCAAGUUUUUGUUUGGCUUUGGGGGACUGCCAGGUUAGCAUGCCAUGUGUUUGCUAUGGGUCCAUCUCUACCUCUUGGUGGGAGAUACAGGUAUCCAAGGAAGUUGAUGCUGGAGAGGUCAAACUUGCACUUUUCCAGCUUGACAUGGAGAUUUUCCUGUUGUUAACCACUGGAGCUGGGGUGACUCCCAGCAGAUAAGGAUUUUGUCUGGUUAAAUCACUACGAACCUGUCAAGAAAGUAUCUGAAUAUGUCGCUCAUGAGGUGUUAGAAGAUAGCAGGGGCAUUGCAGCAGCCCAAUGGGAUGACAGUGUAUUCAUAAUGUCCAUAUUGGGUUUGUAAAGCAGUCUUCCAUUCAUCCCCUUCUUGUAGCCCACUCUAUGAUCCAGCUUAGUGAAGAUAUUGACGGUGCAUGGCCUUUGAUCAGUGAACAGAGGUAGUGAUUAGGGAUGGUAAUCCUGUUUAGUGCACAGCAGUUGUUACUCCUGAUUUCUUCUUUGAACAGGAUCGGGGCUCCAGCAGGAGAUAUGGAAGACAGGAUGGAUCCUCACUUGAGGUUGGUAUCAAUGAAUUCUCCCAGUGCUUCAAUGGUACCAUAAUAGGGACAGUGAGAUGGGAGCUGAUACUCCUCUUUUUUGCAGAACACGCCUCUGUCAGCUGAGUAUUUGGUGGGAAUCUUCCACUUUGCUGCCUUCACACACAUGAAUGGAUCAUGCUAUGAACUGAUCCCAGUUUCCUUGGAACUUGACCAGUGGGCAGACGAGUCUUGACUGGUGGGGCAGCUGGCUGAGCUGCUUGCACAAGCUGUCCUCUCAGGGUGGCAAUCUCCUGGGCAAAGGCUUGGAGGGCUCAGUAGACACCGAUGAUUGCAGCUGCUUCCACCGCCCCCCCAGCACUUUCAUCCAUUCCAGCAGCUUGAGAAGGUGUGGGUUGGAUCAAACUGUCCUGGAUGUGGGACUUGGACUCGGAUCUCAUUUCCUACUAUAGAUUUCAUUACUCAGACCAGUAUGUUCUGGAAGCAAGGACCACUGUUUUAAAGGAGCAGGGCAUGCAUGGCUUUAGCAUAGCAAGCGGGAUGCAGCUCUGGGCUGAGCAAGCAAACGCCUGAGGAACUGUACCCGAGUUGUCUGUCUGUGCCAGUGCUAGCAUCUCUGUGCCCUAGGUGACAGAGGAGGCAGCAGGGCCACCUAAAAAUCAGACUGGGCAUCAGCCACCUCCUCAGUGGGCAGGGGCAUAUCAGUAGAGGCUGAUGCAGGCUAAAGCUCUGGUGGCACCAGGGGCAGUGCUGGUGGCAGAGUAGUUGAGGCUGGUACUUAUGAGCUAGGUGGCAACCUGCUGAGAUCCCUCACCUGUAGACUCCUCCCCAAAAUGCACAGAUGGAAGUCAGGGGCCACACCACAGUCUGUCCUAACCGGUUCCUUCCCCAGAGUCAUUGUCAGGCACCAUUUUGAACUCCUCCCACUGCUCAUCCCAAGUGGCCCAGCCUCUCCAGGAUGUAAAUAAGGGGCUCAUUCCCUUUCGUCUUUCCCUUAAGGGUGAAGACAUACCCAACAAGUUUAGAGCAGCGAGUCCACUCUGGAAACUCUCCUUCCGUGGAGGUUUUUAAGCAGAGGUUGGAUGGCCAUCUGUCAUGGAUGCUUUAGCUGAGUUACCUGCAUUUCAGGGGGUUGGACUAAAUGACCCCCUCCCCCGGCUUCCCUUCCAACUCUACAAUUCUAUGAAACAACCUCAAAGUAUUCCAUCAUCAAGCUUAGUUCCCCCCCCCCAAGGCUAAGCUCUAAAAACCCUUGCAAGUCUGAAGCAGAAGCUGAUGCUGAUAUAUGGCCCCCAUCAAUAAUCCCCCUCUCUAUUUCUCAGAGCAAUCCUGCAAUUAAAAACAAUUGGUUUUACUAGUGGAGAGCACUAACAGUACAAGCACACUAAUGAACUGAUGAAUUCAUGAAUGUUUGUGCAGUGUUUUGUUAACUAAAAAAGGCAAGCAGCCCACCUGAAGCCCGUAGGGAAGAGGAAACCUGAGGGUUUAUCUUCCGUUGUGAGGCCAGGAGGAAGCAAGGCUCACUUUAAGAAUAAGAAUAAAAUGCACCUAAUUCUUCUGACUCCACUCACAUUCCCAGAGUGUCUUCUGUAAGGUUUAUAUCCAUAGAUAUAGAUGACAGGUAUCUCAUAUAACUUCUGUACCUUGCCAUAAAGUCGAGGGAUAAGUUGAGAGUUCAAUGUUAUAGGUUUUUUUUGGGGGGGGAGGAUACUUCUUCAGGCAUUAUCAAUUGCUCUGGAUGAAGGGUUCAGUUCAGGCUCCCACUCUGCUCUGGUGCUGUUGUAUUCCAGCUUGCAGAAGAAGGCAUCCUCUCAUCAACUUUGAGUGCUGAGUUAAAAAUGAAGGGGAAAGAUGCACAGUAAAGUUCAAAGGCCUGUUUCUAGACAACAGUCAUGUUUAAAUUGCAAGAAAAGCACCACCACUUAGGUUGGGUUAAGUGCAUCAUUUUUGCUUUGUUUUAUCCUGCUCCAUUACUAAAGAUACAAACAUUACCAAAGAAUAUUUACAUUACAUUAUGUCUGAAAAACAAGGAAAAGGUGGGCAACUUCUCCCAUCCUUUCUAAAUGGCUCCCCUGGCUAUACAGUGGUACCUCGGGUUUAGUACUUAAUUCGUUCCGGAGGUCUGUUCUUAACCUGAAACUAUUCUUAACCUGAAGCACCACUUUAGCUAAUGGGGCCUCGUGCUGCUGCUGCGCCGCCAGAGCACAAUUUCUGUUCUCAUCCUGAAGCAAAGUUCUUAACCUGAAGCACUAUUUCUGGGUUAGUGGAGUCUGUAACCUGAAGCAUAUGUCACCUGAGGUACCACUGUAGUCAACAAAAGAGAGAUGUACAGUAAAUAAAAACAUUGCAAUUUUAAUUCUUUUUGAUAGGUUGGCUAUGUAUCCUUGCAAGUCCCUUCCACGAAACGAAUGCAUUUAUGCUUCCAGACAAUGGAAUUAUUAAGUUUCAUGUGCUUUAAACAAGCUUGCAUCCUGAAUGGCAGAUUGCUGUAUUUAUAGAGAGUUGAACGCUGCUAGUGGCAAACAUUGGAACAAUGUGGGAAAGUGAUGGGAGAGAGGGUAGUUUCCUGAAGACCUCGUGUUCACCCAGCAAGAUCCUCUAAUGGUCUGCCAGAAGAUGCAUGAUGGAAUUUGGAGAAACUAAAGCCAAUUAUUUAGUUGAGCCACCUGGUCUUUUGAACUACAGUAGUUUUUACCAAACUCAUUUUUAGCUUUUUUUUAAAAAGAAACCUUUAAAAAUGUAUUUAAAUUUGUUGUUGCUUUUCUUUCCUUCCUUGUCUCUUUCUCUCUUUGAAAAGAAUAUCAGAAUAUUGAAAACUUCAAAAUCCAGCUUGUGCAAUGGGAUGGGGUGGGGGACAUAGGUACAAAAUACAACUGUGUAUGUACUAUACCUUUAAAGCACCCCCCUGGCAAGAAACUUCAACUGUUGUUUGUUAUGGGUGCUGGGAAUUGUAGUUCUGUGAGGGGUAAACUACAGCUCUGAGGAUUAUGGGUGGGUAUGCUUUGAGUGUCCUUUAAGGAUAUGGUGUGAUAAUUUUGCAGUAGUUUUACAUUUAGGGCUCUUCCACACUUCACUUGUCCUGUGCAUUUAUUUAUUAUUUAUUACUUAUUUAUUAAAUUUUUUUUGUUCCGCAGCUUUCCUGGAGAAAACACACACUUUACCACUGAAUGGGGACAAAUGGCAACCCACGCAAAACCUGAUUGCCAUUUGGUUCAAUUCACUGUUCAGCUGUGGGUUUUCUUGGGUGAAAGCAGCAGGCCACAUGGCAGUGUGGAUGAGCCCUUAGUUUAAUAAUUGCACAUUUAAUGACAAGAGUAAAUCUAGCCCUGACCCAAAAGAAUGGAACUGUGAUAUUAUCUCUAUUGUGCACAUUCUCUAGUAGUAGAAUGCUUUGGGUUUAGGAUCACAGCCAAUUAGGAGUUUAAUCAUGGCACUUGUGGGUUCUUUCAUUCACCUACGGUAUCUUAUAGUGGUACCUGAAUUUGUGUGUCUGCUGCAAAUUUCGCAACUCAGCACCAAAGUGUGGAAGGGAGAAUCCUAAUUCAUUCUGAUCUGUGUUUAUCCAGGUUUCCAUUGACUGAGUGUCCUUUUCUUUUCUCUUUUUAGCAACAAUGCUCAAAUGGGUUUGAGAUGGACCGUACCUCGGGCCAGUGCUUAGGUAGGAUUUUAUUGCAUCAAUUCCUUUGAACUAGGGCUCAACUGACUCUUCAUUAUGUACAGUGCCUUUGUCUGAUUGUAGCAUAUUGGUUAUGGUUCUGUCCUUCAGUAUGUCUGCUUCAGGGUGUUAACUGCAUCUGCUACUUUCUGUUCCUCCAGAGGGUAGGACCCAAACCAAUGGGUUAAAUUACAAAGGGAUUUCAACUAAAUGUUAGGAAUAACUUAUUGGUGGCAUGACCUGUUUUCCUUUGUUAGAGGUGUUUAAGCAGAGGCCUCUAUCAGGGAUACUUUAACAUCAGAUUUCCUGCAUUAGCAGGGGGUUAAACUAAAUGACCUUCAGAGUCACUAACAACUUUAUGAUUCUAAAUGACUAUAGUUAGGGAUGAUGUCAUUAAUACGUGGUGACAAUAGCCAGGCUGCUGGAUUUUGAACGUAUAAUCUAGGUUCAAAUCCAUACUUGCCAGUUGAAUCCAUGUAUUCAUUUGGUGGUAUUUAGUAUUUAGUAUGUAUGGUAUUUAGUUAGGAACAUAGGAAACUGUUAUAUACUGAGUCAAAUCACUAGUCCAUAUUGUCCACACUGAUUGGCAGCGGUUUUCAGACAGGGAGCCUUCCCAACUCUAGCUAGAGAUGGUGGAGAUUGGACUAGGGACCUUUUGCAUGCAAAAUAGAUGCUCUCCCACUGAACCCUCCCCAAAAUUCAUUCAUUUGUUAGCUCUCUGGCAGAGGAGACAAAACAGGAAGAGGGUCUCCAAAAUGGUGUCUGCAGUCUAAUCUUAUUAAUCAGUUUGUAUCUGUCUGAAGUCAAUUCAUUACGACACAUGAAAUAACUUUCAAAUGUUGGUGAGAGCUAAGAGGAGAUCUGAAACAAAUCCUCAGAGUUUAAUAUCCUGUAACCAUGUUUAUGCAAGCAAGAGUGUAAAAGAAGCUUGCAGUUCCAGAUUAAGAGCCAAGUUUCACAGCUGCCAAAUCAAACCAUCAGUGUCGGGGGUGGUGGUGGGGAACCACAAGCCUGAAAUUUGCAUCCCAAUGUUCUUUUACAAAUGUGUUAGUGGAAAAAGGCUACAGGAGUUUGCAAUUAGCAAUGAAACCGUAGUAGAGAAGGCAAUAAGAAUGGGAUCUUUUACAUUUUCACUAGAAACGUAAGAGUAGGAUAAGAUAAAAUCAUGUGGGUUAGAUGAGGCUUUUUGAGUAGUCUAGUUUAUGCCAGACCUCCCUGUUGGCCUGUGUUGAUCUUGCCAAUGCAGGUCUACAUUUUAUUGCACCAUUAGAUGGUUCUUAGCAGCUGUGUGACGGGAUGUUAAAAAUGGGGAUCUGGGAAAUUGCAUUACUGCUUCACCUUGUGCACAAACCAUUAUCAAUCUGCAUGACAUGGCAAGACCAAGGUAAUAUCAAUGAGCCUUCCAUUGUUUUAGUUAAUGAAAUGUAUGUAUGUAUGUUGAGUUGUUUCCAGAGUGCCCUUUAGUGAAGAGAAGGCACCCUUCCAGGACUGAGAUCCAGUGGAGGCUCCCACUUGAGAACAUAUGGGGAGGCAUCUUUUGGCCCAUUACCCUCUGCAGCCCCCUCUUCUGGGCAGCUUUCCCCAUAAUGUUCAAUUCCCCGCUGCUGUGGAACUGCUCUGUUGUUAGCUGUGAGCCAGCAAUAAAUCACACAGUGCAAGUUGGAGUUAACUCUUUAUUAGCAAAGCCACAACCUGCAAAAGAGUGUCAGGUCUAAUGAACGCAUAGCGACUCGUCUCUGGUAGGUCUUGCCCCCAUGAAGCAGUUGCAAGACUGCAGGUUCCCACAGCCUCCCCACGGCUGCCUAAGUCCUCUCCUCUCCAGGGUUUCCCCCAAGCAAUUUGAGACUGUGCUUGCAUGAAGAUAACAUCUCCUCUGCCCUGUUCAUGCCUCUCCUGGUUCUGGGAGACCAGGGAGGAGAGGAACCUGUUGCAGCAGGAGGGAGAGCUACACAUGACUCUUCACCAGCCUGACUCAUUUCUGCUCUUGGCCUCUGUCAUUCCACUCUACUGCUUCAGCUUCUGCCUCUGAUUUUGGGCUUCUCUUUGCCACAGACUCCAAGCUCACGAAACCAUGUUACCUCCUCAGCUUCUGACACCUCCUCUUCCCAGUCUUCUCCCUCUGACCACUAGCACUUUCUGGGCUCUGAGCCCUCUUCCCUUGGUGGCUCCCUACCUGGUUCCUCCCACCAUUCCUCUGCAGCCAACCAAUCCAUGGCAUCUGUGGUGUUUUUAGUGUGGGCUCAAGCACGAGCACAUAAGAGGUUUUCGGGGGGGGGUGACAUUCUGAAAGCUUGUGAGGACACAUAUCCUCUUCCCCCCGGUGCAGCUUGAACUCCCAUCUCCUGCUUGCCAGAUCCAUGCCUCAUACAGUUGGCCAAUGGAUGCUGUUGCUGUUGCUGUCAGUAUGGUGCGGUGGCUGCCCUUCUUGUGACCUGCCCUGCCCCUUGGCUGCUUAACAAUGACUGCUCCCCACAUCAAAUGGGUGGCGCCUUUUGCGUGGUUGUGUGCAGCCCCCAGCACCCUAGUGCGACUCCUGGUAGUUCAGGCUGGCUUCAUCCUCCCCAGGCUGGAUACCUGGAGGUCUCCGUCUACCUCAGCCAGUCUCCCAGUCCUGCCUGGGGAGGCAUUGCCAGGGGAUUGGCCAGGUAAGGGGGGGACUGUCCUGCCCACACAACAGAAGGUGAAUCUUACCUGUGAAGCGGCAGUCGGCUCCAGAGCUUCUCCCACCCUCCCCUCCCUCAGUAAAGUCUUCUUUUGCAGGUUAACCUCUUCUCCACAGGUAUGCAGGUGCUGCUAUGUCAGGGUCGCUGUUGAAUAGCCAGAAAGGAAUUUUCCUGCAUUGGCAGGUUUUGCCUUCCCUGUAGCAAAACGUCACAACUUUGGUGGUUUCAGGCCUUGGAUGGAAUCCUUUAGUCUAUCUUUUAAAUGGGGGGGGGGGUUUGAAGCGGUGAACCACCCUUGUGGCGGUGAUCCCAGGGUUCCCCUUUGAAGGGGUAUUGAGGGGAGGCAUUGGCCAUACCCCGAGAGGUUGUCAUUGCUCUCCCCUGCAAUGGCGGCAAACCGGGGGGGGGGGGGCCUCUCUGCUUGAACAUAUGUUCUCCAGAGCCAGCCCAAUCCCCACACGUUCUGGAUAACCCUGAUGUCUCCCAGAUCCCCGGUUGGGGACUGAGAAGGAUAAACACCCAAUGCCUGAGCCAAGGUCUCCCUACAUCCGAAAUUUAAUAAAGCUGCGGCCAAUUUUAAUCCCAUAGCACGUUGUCUUGACUCAUUACUAUGCUCGGGGGUCGCCUGGGGUUGGGGGGGACUCCAACUGUCCACGCAAAAGGUUCUUUCCCACUCAUGGUUGGUCUUGAAACUUUGAACCCAGGAGGACUGUGCAGAGCCCUAUCCAAGUGAAGGUUCCUUCUACCUUUUUGUGGAGCCUAAUGGAGUUCUAGAGGAAUGCCUGAGGACUGGCCAUGGUGGGGCUGUUGCAAGCUCUGCCUCUGCAGCUGAUGGGAUGGGAGGCACUAUAGGAUAAUAUUGCCUGUGGUGUGUAUAUGAAGGUGCUGGGUGCGUGUGAUGUCACUCUCACAAAACCAUUGGCUCCCUCUGUGUGGGCGUUGUCAUCAACAUAGUCCUGGAGGUUUCUAGGGUCACUCCUGGGUUGAGUACACAGUGGAUGUGGCUGAUGUUCUGCUAGUGUGUAGCAGCAGCACAUUUCUCUCCUGUAAUAGGGGGAAAGUAUUAAAAAUGCCUUUCUACCCCCCCCCCUAAGUUAGCGGUGGCUUAAUUUAAAAAAUAAUACUAGUAUUAUUGAGUUUUCCUGCACUUCUGUAACAAAAAAGGCACUUAUAUUGAAAUGUUUAUAAAUGAUGAAUGAUGAAUUGAUUAAAUGUACAGACCUUAAUUGUUGACUGAUCUAAAUAGCAAAUGAUUGAUUUGCUAAAUAAACCUUUAACUGGCAGAGAGAUACAUUUUUUUCCCCUUCUGCAUCCUUUCAGAUGUUGAUGAAUGUCGGACUAUUGUCGAGGCCUGUAGAGGAGAUAUGGUGUGCGUUAACCAGAAUGGUGGCUAUCUCUGUAUACCACGAACAAAUCCCGUUUAUCGAUCGCCAUAUCUGAAUCCUUACUCUAAUGCGUAUCCUCCACCACCUCCAGCCCCAGCACCUGCUCCCAAUUAUCCAGCUGCUGCACGAGCUCCAGUCAUUUGCCGGUUUGGUUACCAAAUGAGCGAAGGCAACCAGUGUGUGGGUAAGUAGCAAAAUGUCUUAUAGAUCCCUGCAUAAUAUUUAUUUUAUUUUAUUAUUUUAUUUUAAUGGAUGGCUGUGUUAUUAUUAUAAUCUGAAAUAUUUGUCCUGCUAUUUUUAUUAAUGCACUAGUUUUAUCCCAGUUUAUUCACAUUUUAUCUAUCUAUCUAUCUAUCUAUCAUCUAUCUAUCUAUCAGGGCAAAAAAGAGAUUAAAUCCUGACAAAUUGAAGAUAUGAUAAUAAAAAAUAUAGAGAUAAAAAAAUUAACUGUUACAAACUGACAUAAAUACACUGCUUAUAUAAAAAUAAUUUUAUGAAAUCUAAUGGCAUUUAUUAAAAAAACCUAUACAUCUACUUCAAAAGCAAAAAAUAAACACAGUGGUACUUCGGGUUACAUACGCUUCAGGUUACAUUCGCUUCAGGUUACAGACUCCACUAACCCAGAAAUAGUACCUCAGGUUAAGAACUUUGCUUCAGGAUGAGAACAGAAAUCGUGCUCUGGCGCCGCAGCAGCAGCAGGAGGCCCCAUUAGCUAAAGUGGUGCUUCAGGUUAAGAACAGUUUCAGAUUAAGAACAGACCUCCGGAACGAAUUAAGUACUUAACCCGAGGUACCACUGUAAAUCCAAAUGGAAUAAGGAGAGAGCUUUUAAUUAUCAUUUAUCUGUCUGUGUGUUUAUAUACCUACCAAAUGUAUUUAUGCUAGUUAAUUACAGUUAAUCAUUUUAUCUCAGUUUUUCUGUCAUGUCUAUUUAUUUAUCAAGCGCUGUUAUUAUUUAUUAGAUUUCUUACCUACCCUUUACCAUAAAAGGUAAAUCAAUUAAAAAGAUUUACAAUCGAGAGACUAGGGUAGCUCCUAAAAGCGUGAGCUAAGAAUAUACUGAUGUAAAAGUCCAUGUAUUAAGUCAGAAGCUAGUCUGUUUUGUUUUUUAAGAGGCCCAAAUCCUCAGUGUAUGUGCGGUUGAGAAGAUAUUCAGAGUGGCAGAUAAUGAGAGGACCAUCCUUCUUCCAUGUAUAACCUUGUGGAGGCCUCGUUUAUUUUGCCAACGCUCAUGCCUUUUACGGUCAAAUUGAUCACGGUGAAGCUAUUUUUUAUAUUAAAAAAACCCUACCCCAAAUAUUAGGUGUGUAGGUUUGUAGUGCUUCUUCUUCUUCUUUGGCGAUCACUCAUAGCUUGAAAAGUCUAGGUGAUGAAUAUACAACAUUUCUGUUAUGAUCCAUGUUACACACCAUCUCUUGUUAUAGCUAAGCAGCUGUGUGCUUGGCAGUAGCAGCUGUUCCCAGGGACUAGAACAACAACAAAUACAGCUCUGAUCAUCUUUACAUCCACUUGCAAUGCCGGCACAGGUCAUGAUAAUAUACCAGUAUGGAGGUCUUUUCCCAACAGGAUGCUUCCUUAUUUUGUCCAAGCAUCAACCCAUAUGGUUUAAGUUAAAAGUAAUUCCUGGUGAAGUUCAGUCUGUUUGGAUAAGGACGUCACACUGGGGUCAUCCCAUUAGUAUACAUAGAAUCAAAAGUUGUAAAACUAAUAAGAUUCCAGGGGAUCAGAGUGAGAGGAAAAGCUUGGCUGUGCUCUUUUUUGGAAACUCUGUUUUUGUCUCAUGCCAGCUACUUUCAGUAAUUCAGUCCAUCAUCAUCCUCUAUGUACAAUGGUCCAAACAUAUUUGUCUGCUGCCUUUGCCAACCUGAUGCCCUCCAGAUGUUUUGGUUUACAGUUCCCAUCAGCUCUGCUGGUUGGGGAUGAUGACAGUUGUUCUUCAAAACAUCUGGAGUGGGGCAGCAGGUUGGUGAAGACGAAUCUAGAUUGUCAGAUGAAACACACAACAGACAUUAUGGCUUAUCAGUUCUAUUUAUGUUCCAACAUUUCAUAGUAAUUGAUGGUGAGAUUUCCCCCCCUCUUCAGCUCAUAUGAGGUAUCUAAUUUAAUACGAUAUCUUUGGAGGGCUUUCAAAAACUCAUUUUUAUUAAAACAUUUUAUGGGCUAGUGUCUAGUACAUUGCAUGUCAACAUUGACAUACUAUGUGGUACAUUAUAUUCACUUCUUCAUACAAUGAAUAUCCACAAAAGCAUUUAGUGCAUUCAUUGUGGGAAUGUGGCUUAGUGGGAAGACUGUCCAUUGAUUUAAGAGGUUGAGAGAGUGAGCAAGGAUGCAGUAGCCCACUUCCUGCCCUGCUAUUCCAUAUGGUUCAUUCACUCACCAUUCUCUCCAGCUUACAUCCCACUGAAUGUGGCAAAUAAAGGUGGUCAAGAGGACCAUUGGAGCAGAAGGGCAGGAGUUCACUACCCCCAACACAUACUCCCUCGUUGGCUCUGAGCUCUUAAAGUGAUAAGCAAAGUCUCCUGGAUAGGACCUGGGAACCCUACUUUCUUCCUGCAUUCUGAAGGUUCUUCAUUUACUGAGAACUAGGGGUUGACAAAACCAGUCAAUCUGGCUUUCUCUCAGUUUCUCUUUUUUAUUUUAAGUUCAGUUUGUAACAUUUUUACAUUUGAUUGCAAAUUUUAAAUUCAAUUUGUAACAUUUCUACAUUGGUUUGCAAAUUUUAUGUUUGUCAGCGUGUUGUUGUUUUGUUUUUGUUUUUUGUACACAGUGAUUGGAGAAACUGCAUUACAAAAUUCGUGGAAGUGUGAAUUCUGAAGGAUAGGUGCAUUUUGGUCCGUAUAUUCUAUUGGCAACUGUGAAUUAGAAAAGUCCACAUUAAAAUGUACACUGUACCAAAUUUCUCCUUUAUCCCUCCUCUGCACUCACGGACAUAUGAAACUGCCUUAUCCUGAGUCUCAGAAUCAGUCCAUCUGCCCCAGUACUGUUCACUAUUCACAGCAAGGACUCCCCGAGAUCCAGGCAGUGGUUAUUCCCAACUCUGCAUCUUGAAAUCCAUUUAUUCCGGGGUCAUCAGAAAUGGCCAUGGCUGCAGGCUUGUAGGGCAGGCAUUUCUUCACAUCUAGUUCUCAAGCUAAAUCGCUUAUUUGAGACUGAGAAGGGGUUUUCACUUAUCAGAUUGGCUAGUGACCAAGGGUGUGUCUCUUCCACUGUAGAUUACGAUUUGCCCAAUUUGCUGAAGCCAUCAAGAUUGUUCUAAGUAUUCCUACAUUUGGCAGACAUUUCUGGCAUGCCUUAGGGUUGUGGACUGGAAAGCUUUCUUUCUUGUCCUGUGAUUAUAGGAUUCUAGUGCGAUUGCUACACACUGAACUUCUGGUUUCUUAGUGCGAAAGAACUGAAGGUGGUCUUCAACAAUUUAGCUGUGAUUCCUGCAUUGCGGUUCCAGUACUGGCUUAGAGAGACCACUAUAUGCAUUUAAGAAUUAAAUUAUUGCCUUGCUAGAGGAGGCAAAUGGUGUAUCUAAUCUAGCAGCAGCAGCAAUUUUGAAGUUGUUGGCAUCUGUCUAUCUCGGGAGACAAUGAAGGAGUGAAGUCAAACCAUUGGAGAGUUACAGCACCUGUUGUGGCUGUAGAGACCAAUAUGGAAGAGACAUGUUUUACUGCAGCUAGGGCAGAUGAAGGCGUCCAGUUGUGCUGAUGCAGGUGCACCAUGCCGUUUCUUCUCUUUGAGCUCAUUCCAGAGGUUAUUCCUCUUCCGGUCACUGCUGUGGAUACACAACCUCUCUGUCUGUCUCCAGGCACUAUGGUCAUCUGCAUGGGAUUCCUACACAGCGGGGUUGAUGUUGCCAGCCAUCAUGUCUCGUUUGCAGACAUCUUAGAGUUGGUCUGCCAAUGGGCCUGGUGCCUGAAUCCAGCUCUCCAUAGAGCACAUCCUUGGGAAUCCUGCCAUCUUCCAUUCUGUGGAAAUGACCCAACUCCUAGAUGGGCUACCUUCUCAGGUUCCUGAGCCCCAUCUGCCCUUCAUUUCCUUCAACAACACAUGCAGAAACUGCCUUCUUGAUCAUGGGACCCACUAUUGUUUUUGUUUUUAAAAUGAUAUUUAUUGAAAAAAUAGUUGUUGUUUUGUUUUAAAUUACACAAAGGAAAAAACAAGACAGAAAAAGAAAAAUAAAAAUAAAAAAAAAUAAAACCAUCAUUCUCCAAUUCUCCACUUUCAAUACCUUCUUUCCUUGACCUCCUCCUCCUCCCUUUCCUGUAUCCUGUUUUAUAAUAAUCACAGCAAAUCCUUUCCAUAAUUCAUAGUAUUCUGUCAUCACAUUACCUUGAUCUAUUUUCAUCUUAUCUUAUAGAAAACCUUAAAGUUUAAAACUUAAAUCUUAAUUUUUACCAACUUCUCCUAAACCAUAACAUUCUUACCUAGUUCUUUAGACAUUUUUAUAAGAGCCAAAUAGUUUCAUUUCAACAUUUUCCUAACAUUCAUCAAUUUUAUAAAACAGUCCUAAUGAUAAGAAUAAAAGAAAAAGGCAAUCCAGUCUUCAUCCAACGUCCCUUCCUCCUGGUCCCGGGUUUUGUCAGUCCUUUUUAUCCUAUUAAUCUAGCACAUUAACCUGGCAAUCUUAUAUCCGAGGCCCUCAAGUCUCUUCCAUGUCCCUUUCGUACCUCUUCUUUAUAUUUCCCUUUUAUUCGUGGGAACUCCAGCUUGGUAGUGUUUUUGACCCUUUUCAGCAAGACGAUCCCUUUUCCAUAGUCCAGGAUAGGCUCGAUGUAGUAUUUACAAGCAUGCUCCAGAUUCCCUUCAAAGUUGAGAGCCCCCACAGCUCCAAACAUCUGACGGCCCCUUUCCAGACUUGAAAAGUCCAAAUCUCCCUGUAAAGGGGGGUCUAUCCAACCCCCCAUUUCCAAACCAAACCAGAUUUUAUCUUUCCAAGUCUGAUUUUUUCCAAGUUCAUUUAUCAAAUCCAAGAGUUUAUAUUCCUGCUGGGCCGCAGCUCCUCCGUCUCUGGCGCCCAAGAUUCAGCAAGGUCCUCUUCUUUCAGUUGUUCUGUCAUGGCACGCUCCUGUUUUGAUUCCUGGGUGGGCUCCGUAUAGUUUCCCACUACCUGUUCAAAGGUUCUGGCCGCAUUAGUCAUGAAAUCUGUCUUCUGACUUAACUGAUCCAAUAGGGCAUUUAUUUUACAGAAAGCACCCAACAGUGCUUCUGAAGACAUUGUCCUACAAGGUCACAAAUCCUUUCCCACAGUUGUAAUCAGUGACAGCUGCAAGUUCCCAGGAAUUAGUUACAAUUUCACAGUUCCCCACUAGGGGGAAAAACUUCUGGUUGUUCUUUUUCUUGAAAACAAUAGCAACAAAGUUUCUUUUUUAAGAUAUUUUGUCCAUAUUUGUUCUUUUAAAAGACGAAGGGAAACAAUGGAGUCACAAUGUUUCUCUUCUUUUAACUAUCUGUCAAAGACAUUUGUUUCUGGUCAAUGAGCUUCAAACGUCAAUUCUGACACCCCGCUCCAGGGUCAGGACGGUGGAAAAUUACUUUGCUUUAGAUUCACUUCUGCAGGUUUAAGCAGCUCAGAAAAGGUCCCCCUUCUUCCCCUGCUACCGAAGGGGGGUUCAGCGAUUUUAAAUGAUGAAAGUUGAUCCUUUAAAAGUGAUUUUUAAGGCUCUAGUUUGCGUUGUCUUUGCUUUGUUCUGACUACGAGGAAACGGAAGGGUGACUUCCUGUUUAAACCUUCCCGUUUCAGUACCAAAUUAGGGUUAAUUUUUAAGUCCAAAUUCCUUUUUAUUUCGCCAGUUCUUAUUUGAAGUCCAAAUAUUCAAUGUUCCAGUACUCACGGUUGGUUGUUUUAAAUGCCAAAUUGUCCCAGGAAAGGCAGCGCUCUCCGGCAACGACUAUGCGGCUUCGCUCCGCAGAAAAAGCAAUUGACUCACAGCACCGCGCCACUUCCCCCUCUUCACUUCGGAGCCCGUUUGUGGGUUCCUUUGUGGGUUGGGGGGGCGCUAAGGGUGCCCGCCGAGUCCCACGGUCACAGGCUUCAUCCGCCUGUGAUUUCCAGAAGGGUCCCCGCUACGCUGCAGCGGAAAAGACCUGUUUCAUGCGGAGCUAGUCCCUCCAAUUCAGAGGGAGUCCGCCAUUGCCGGUGGCGCCACCCCGGAAGUCCAUGGGACCCACUAUUGGUCUUGUUCGCUCAAUCUGCCAGAACUUGUCUUCACAUGCAGGAGAUAGACAAGACUCACCAAGGGUUUAUGACCUAUCGGCUACCCUCACCUGGUUUAGCCGACCAGUCAAAGCUGUUGCCCUGGGUGUGGCUACUGUUACAUACUGGCAGCUUCUAGGAGCAACAAAUGAGAGCCGAGUGCAUGGUAGGGACCAGUGGUGGCUGAACUACCCCAGAAGGAGCAUGAUGCUUCCCCCAGCAGAGAUAGUGCCUCUCCCCAUACACCCCGUAUGCCCCAUACUUUGGAGUAACUCACAUGGUUUAUACAAGUGCUGAAUUGACAUGAAUCAUGUUACCAAGAGGAGCUCUGCCAUUUGCAUGUUUGACAUAUUUGAAACAUGAGUGAAGGAUUAAAAAAAAAUGCUUAAACAACAUGGAUUAUGUUGGGCAUUGCAGCCCAAGCAAGCAAGCUAGACAUAUCUACGUGUACGGGGGAAUACCACCAUAGACACAACUGCUAUGAAGCUGCUUGGAUCCAGGUGGGAGUAAAUUGCAUUCCUGAAGCAAAGCAUAAAGCACUAAAUCUAGGCCAACGUUUUUGAUCUGGCUGUGACCCCUUUUAACUUAUUCCAUUUCUGACUGUUUUUCUUGUAAGCUCUUAGAAUGCUCAGCCAUAAUAAUGACCCUUUUGUUCGGUAUCCCUCCUUGGCACACCGUGACUGAAGCAAAGCCUCACGUUCUUUCAUUACACAUUCAUAAGCUAAGCUGAAAGUCGCUUCCAAUUUCCCUUCACCCCACCCCUGCCAUUUCCUGCUUCACAAUGAUUUUCGUAAUCCUCGUUCAGAAUUGUUAGAAAGAAACGCAAUGGGUAGACUUUUCAAAAAAAGAAGAAGCAGCUUUCCUGCUAAAAUGUUUAAUGCAGAGUGGCUGCAUGAAAAAGCAAAGAUAUGAAAACAUGGAAAUAGGUAAGGAAAGGGGGGGGGGAAUCAUUUGUAACAGAAGGGGAAACCUAGGAACAGUGAUAAAAGGAAAACAAAGAGAAAAUCCCAUGCUCUCCUCUUCCUCAGCUGGUAGGAAGUUCAGACAGUAGCCUUCUAUGGGAUUUGCUUCCUUGUCAGCAGAGAUGACUGUAUUUUUGUAAUACUUUUCUAUUUGCAAAAUCAUAGCAUGAGCCUAGAGAUGCAUGUAUGUGCACCCAGAGAAACAGUCUAGUUUCAAAGCUGCAUCAGUUUCCAAAAGCAGCAACAUACCCUGGGAGCCCACGAGGCCCCUCUGCUUGCUAGGGAGAUGCAUUUGGAUAGCUGAUAACCCCAAGGUUGCAGGUUCAACCUCCAUAUGGGACAGCUUGGACUACUGCAACGCGCUCUAUGUGGGGCUACCUAUGAAGGUGACCCGGAAACUGCAAUUAAUCCAGAAUGCGGCAGCUAGACUGGUGACUGGGAGUGGACGCCGGGAUCACAUAACACCGGUUCUGAGAGAUCUGCAUUGACUCCCAGUCUGUUUCCAAGCACGAUUCAAAGUGUUGGUGCUGACCUUUAAAGCCCUAAAUGGCCUCGGCCCAGUAUACCUGAAGGAGCGUCUCCACCCUCAUCGUUCAGCCCAGACACUGAGGUCCAGCUCCAAGCGCCUUCUGGCGGUUCCCUCAUUCUGAGAAGUGAGGUUACAGGGAACCAGGCAGAGGGCCUUCUCGGUAGUGGCGCCCGCCCUGUGGAACGCCCUCCCAUCAGAUGUCAAAGAGAUAAACAACUACCUGACAUUCAGAAGACAUCUUAAGGCAGCCCUGUUCAGGGAAGUUUUUAAUAUUUAAUGCUGUACUGUUUUUAGCACUUGAUUGGGAGCUGCCCAGAGUGGCUGGGGAAACUCAGCCAGAUGGGUGGGCUAUAAAUAAUAAAUUAUUAUUAUUAUUAUUAUUAUUAUUAUUAUUAUUAUUAUAGCUGCAUAUUCCUGCAUUGUAAAGGGUUGAACUAGAUGGUCCUCAGGGUCUCUUCCGACUCUACAAUUCUGUGAUUCUAUGACUUGGUUAUCUAUUGCUGAGUACAUUAAAAAAACCCAAAACCUCUUUUCUUCGCUGCCCUUCCCCGCAAAGCAGGUUGGAUAUGACAUAUAGCUAGUAGCCCCCAGCCAUCAGUGGUCAUUGGAUAUUAACGAGCAGAUGAUGCUGUGGUUGUUUCAUCUCCCAGCAGUGGGGGAUUCUAAGGUAUGCAUUGCUGGGGAAGGGCUGUAGCUCAGUGGUAAAACAUCUGCUUUUGCAUGAAGGAGAUCCCUGGUUUAUUCUCUAGCAUCUUCAGAUAUUGCUGGGAAUAUCCUGUUUGAAACUCUGGAGAAGCACUUCUGGUCAGUGUAAACAGUGCUGAGCUAAAUGGAUCAAUAGCCUAAUUUGGUAUAAGGCAACUUAUUAAGUUCCUAUACUUGCCACAUUUCGGGAAGAAGAGUUCUGUGCCUUUCAGAAUUCCAUGUGAGACAGAAAUGGAACUGGUCUAGUAUCUCCUGGCAUGAAACAGCACUGAUGGAAAAUGUUUCACCUGGUGAACAUCUGUCUGCCAUGCAACUAUUUCCCCAUAUGUAAAAAGGUAGCAGCUAUAACCCUUCUAUUGUUAUUUCCUUUGGGAAGAUCUGAGUGCAGGGAAAUGGAAAAUAAGAAAUGGAGCAGCAGUACAGUUUUAAAUUUAGGGAGAUGGGAAAGUUGUAGAAACAGGAGACUGAAACUCAUCCUUAUCAGCAUUCUGCAUCUCAUAUUAAGUGCAUUCUCCUUAUGUCUUUUCCCAGGCAAAAAAUCUUUUAUUUUUCAAUUCCAUUUUUGGCAUUAUGAAGCUCUCCAGUAAAUUAGCAGGCCAAAACUUUUAAUCUUCAUAUGUUUUUUUUUUAUAUUGCUAUUUAUUUCAGAGUACAAAUAAAAUAAAAUUGGGAUGUUUCAAUGGCUAGGGGGAAAACAUAUCAAGUAGAUGGAAAGAUUUUACUUUAUAUUGGAAUAACGAUAUAGGCAGAAAAGUGGUGCUAGAGAUAAUAUAAAUAAAUAUAUAGAUAUCCCCCCAAGGUCAUAUUAAAACACUAUUCUUUCCUUCCCUCUCCCUCUUUGGCUCCUGUUCCUUGGAAUAGGUUUGUAAAUCUGUUUUGGCUGGUGUCUCUUGGAAUAAGUUAUGAUGAAAUUAUUUUUGUUGUUUGCUUGUUUAUCUGUGCUCAGCCUAUGUUUCUUAGAAUAGGUUUGCAAUAUUUUGUUUCCAAAAAAUGUGGGAAUAAAACAAAUAAUUGAAUUGUUAAUAUGAUUGUGAAUUCAUGUUUUAGCUAUUCUUUGUUCUGUAGAGGUCUUUUUGCUCUUAAAAAGUUUUUGUUUUUUUUAAAAGAAGAGAUUGGUAGAAAUCCCUUGACUUUUAGGGGCAUACAUAAAGCAGCAGCACAAGUGUGUGUGUGUGUGUGUGUGUGUGUGUGUGUGUGUAUACGUGGCUUCAUAUUGUCUCUCUUCAGCCAGUGUAUGUAACCUCCUAAAAAUAAAAAAUGAAAACCCCAAAAAGAGGUGAUCUGUUUCAGUAUGGGAUAUCUUGAUACAUCUCUCAUAACUUUUGAAAAUAAAUUUAUUCUCCUUACCACAUAAAUUGUGGGUAACAGUUUUACCUAGGAACCAGAUAAAAUACUUUGAAGUCCAAUUUUGGUUUGUGCGGACAGCUGUUUGGUCAUGAAAACAACUAAGGAGUGAGCAGCUUUCAUGCUUUCAUGUUUCCAUGCGCUUGUCUUGAUACAAUUGGCUCUCAGCCUCCUCCUGCCAGGCAAAAUCCACACUACAAUUGGAAAACAGGCAGGGCCUGACUACGUGAACAAAGGGACUUCUAAAUUCCAUGAGGCAAAACUGUGUCCCAUAUCCUCUCAAGCAGUGGGUCUGGUAAGAAAAUAGCUAUCAAGAGUAUUGGCCAGAGAGGCCAUGGAUUGUAUGGACCAGGGCCAGUUUGGAAGAUUUUGCUCACACUGUUUCGGUUUGCAGAGUUGAAUUAUUUAUUGCAUUUUUAUCCAGACCUUCCUUCAGGGAGGUCAGGGAGUGUACAGAGUGUCUCUCUCACUCAUAUUAACUUCUUAAGAACCCUGAGAGUUAUAUUAGACAGAGACGUGGCUAAGUGGAGAUUUGAUUUCAGAUAUCUGAAUCUGUCCGGUACUGUACAGUACAGUACAUAUCAUUGAUCUGGUUUGCUGGAUGUAGUUACAACACUUGGGCUCGUGUGUGUGUGUGUGUGUGCACAGCAUGUUUUGCUAAACCAUAGUUAAGAAAAUUACAGUUUGUCUGGGUGCAGAUAUAAUGAGUAAACAUGGUUAGUUAGAAUUGAAAGCCAAAGCUUUCAGUCUUCUGCUUGCAUUUGUGCCAGAAGGGAGGGUGGAGCCCACAAAACCAAGAGAAAUUCAUAUAACACUAAAACAUAGUUCAUCACUGUGUCUGACCAGCUUUCUUUAUUAGUUGCUUAUUCUCCACACUGUUCACUGUCCUUGCUUUCCUUCUGUUCAAGCUUUUCUUUUUCUCCUAAUUUCAGCAUUGCCAAGUCCAUUAAAUUCAGCAUGUGUCUGUUAGUUCAGUCUGUUCUGAUAGUAAUUUAACAUAGCAUGGGAACCAUUUUACAUGCUGGGUAAAAGAAUGCAAGGAAUGAACAAAUGAUCUUGGCCCAUUAGCAAGUUUUCUUUACAAGUCACUAAAUGAUUGGGGGGGGGGGAUCUCUCUAUUCCACAGAGGGCAUCUGCACAUGUACUUAUUGCCUUGGGAAACAUGGGUAGUUGUACAUUAGGGUAAUGGCCAUUUUCUCACAGAUUUUUGCACUUUUCACUGGUAGAAAAAGUGGUGCCCAGAGUGGCUGGGGCAACCCAGUCAGAUGGGCGGGGUACAAAUAAUAAAGUUGUUAUUAUUAUUACAUGUAGCAGUGUAUUUGCACAAUCCUAAAUAAUCAUUAGCUUACAGAGCAUAUGGACGGACAUUCAAGAAAAUACUGAAAUGCUUUAUUAUGCACACAGGUUUGAAGAACACGAGUGCACAAUUCUGUCUCCCUCCCAGCCAUGAUGUAAAGUGGAGUGGGGGCCCUCCACAAGUUGCUGCUCCCAUCAUCGCUUACCAAAAGGGAUGUUGGCUGGGGCUGUUGGGAGUUAGAGUCUAGAGAGUCACAACUUCCCCACCUGAGUUUGUCUUGUUGGGAUAAAUCUGAGUUUUCUCUCUUUCUUCAAUUUAAUUAUAGCCAUGUUCUCUGGUGAUCAGAACAAUUGAAGCAACCCACUCUUGUGGUCACAUGAACAAGCUGUGCUGGAAUUAUCUUUAUUUACUUAUUUAUUUAUUUACCCCGUUCUUCAGCUGAAAUGACUCCCAGAGCAGCUUGCAAUGAUCAGUAAUAAGACGGUUCCUGCCCGCAGGCUUGCAAUCUAAAGAUAUUUAAAGAGAAGCCUGUGCUUCAGUUUCUUCACCAGUUAAGCCCUUAUAUGAGGCCUGGUUCUCCUUCUUAGCAUCUCAUGCUAAGCGCUUUUUCUUCCCAGGCCAAAAUCCUUUACAGUGGUACCUCAGGUUACAGACGCUUCAGGUUACAGACUCCGCUAACCCAGAAAUAGUACCUUGGGUUAAGAACUUUGCUUCAGGAUGAGAACAGAAAUCGUGCAGCGGCAGCGGGAGGCCCCAUUAGCUAAAGUGGUACCUCAGGUUAAGAACAGUUUUAGGUGAAGAACAGACCUCCAGAACGAAUUAAGUUCUUAGCCUGAGGUACCAUUGUAUUUUGUUCAUGCGGAGGAAACUGUUAUGGUGUUGCAGUUGUUCAGUAUGGCAAGUAUAAAAUAUAGCAUGUUCAUGUCUGGUAGUGUCACAGCAUCUCACCAUACUGUAUUAUGUAGGGGAUCCGUGUGGCAAGCCACUCUACCAUUAGAACUGCAGCCCGGAGCAGCCAUCAAUGUGGAACAUGUUUCAACUGGGUUCCAUAGUGCUGUUUAAAUGUCAAAGCAGCCCUCAGAUUUCUGGAAAACUGUGUUGCCUGCAGGUCCUGUGUAGUGUCUAGAGAUGGCAGCGUUCACACUGACACAUAAAAUUGAUUGCUAUUCUUGGCUCCUGCCUUAUAUUUCUUGGUUCAGCUUUGUUUGUUUCUCUUCGGUUUGGUUCCAAACCUAAAACUGGCUGCAGUUCUAUGCCAUAAUCAAGAUGUUUGGCCAAAAUAUAUAGAAAAUAUGAAUUGGCUCUUCAACAUUUGCACAUUGGCCAGAUAAUUUGAGUGCACUGCCAGACUCCAUAGGCAGAGACAAGUUUGAGGUUGAUGCUGUUCUCUGUGUCUUGUCGCUAGAACAGCUAAAUUAUUAGUUCUGCAUUUCAGAAGCAUAAAUGCUGCCUAUUAGAGAGUCAGGAUUGCCUUCGAUUUCUUGCCACGCUCAGCAGCAAACCCAGGUUGUCACUAUGUAAUGUGUGAAAUACUGGUUUAUUCAGUGAAUUUUACAGAACCUUGUGAGAAGACAAACUGGAGCUACAUAAGAAUAGUGAUUCUUAAUAGAAGGUCCAUCGGCACUUCAUACAGGAGUCAACAGUCAAAAUGCCUCUUGUCUCCUAAUUCAUACUUUCCUGGAGUAUCCUCACAGUCUAAGUAUUAGAUGCUUUAUGUCAUUUUCAUUAGAGAUGACUUUUGAUGGCUUGGCUAAGCAAGAAAACUGGAUUUUAUGGUUUGCAUUGAAUUUCAACUAUAUAUAUAUAACUCAUGUUUUGCUUGUGCAUACAGAUAUAUGGAAUGGUUGUCAAAUUUUCCCUGUCCUAGGAUUCCCCCCCCUCCCUCAUAUAUUGGUAACAUAUUUUGGCUAGGCUGGUCCUCAAACUAGAUUAGGAUUGACUUGUCCAUUUUCCUUUGCUGCCACUCUUCCCCGUCUUGGAAACAAGUCAUGUAACAUUUCUAGAAACACUAGUUCAUUGGCCAGGCAUCAGAUGCUCUGCUCCAGAUGCCUUCUGGUUAUUUCUUUCAUUUGAUUCGUUACUUCUAGCCAUAGGUCCGAGAGGUUUUUUUCUUUUGCCCCACUGCUUCCCCCAGGAAAACCCUCUGUUUUCUGCUUAAUCAGGACAAACAUCAAUCUGCAGAAAACUCAAUUGAUAUUUGCUCAGAUUCAGCAGUAAAUUGUGGGAGUUCCCAGGGAAAGUGUUGGGACAAAAGAAGAACCUGUCUGACCCAUGCCUGGAAAUCAUGGACCAAACAGGAGUGCCCCGAGUGCAGUCGCUGAACCAAAUCAAGUCUACUGUGACAAUUUGGCCUUUAACUAUCUGUGGUUUUUUAGAUGUGGAUGGGUUGUUUUAAUGUAUGCCCCACCCCCAUGGUUUUAUGUGGGUUUUUGUUGUUGUUUGGUUGUAAAUUGCUCUGGGUUGCCUUGGCAAGACAAAGCAACUAACAAUUUUAAUUAAUAAUUGCAAUAAUAAUAUUGUUAGACAUUUGUAGGUAAAAUUGCUGAGCUCUUUGUGACUUGGAUACUGUGCAAUUAGUACAGAGACUAAACUAGAAGUGUCAUCAGUUGUUUUUUUGUGGAUUUGCUUUUGCUUUUGAUCUUUGUCCUUGCUGGUUAGUGAUUACUAUUGGACCAACUAUUGUCCUGUGUCCCAUUUACCAUCCUUUGACAGCGUGAUAAGAAUGGCUGGACAUGUUCAGGCAUUCCAAGAUGAUACAAAAAUUAUUUUAUCAAUUCCAGCCCACCUUUCAGCUGGACCACAAGUUUGAAGGAAGCAAGUACACAGUCGGUUUAGGAUGUGCUCAUCAGUGUUUAGUAUGAGCAUCACUGAUUGUGUAACUGCACUGAUAUGUGCAUAAAAUCCAGUUUUACACAUGCUGUUGGCUGGAUUAGAAAAGUGUUUUUGCGAAGCAUGCCUUGUAGUAAACACAGUUUGUUGGAUUGUGUUAAGAAUAUGCAGUAGGUUGAAAAUGCAAUGUGUUCAGGCACCGUCCAGUAAAUAGCAAAGUGACUCCUGCACAGAUGGACCUACCCAUGCAAGCCCCAGCUGCAAGGCUCAAUGGGCCAUUAUAUUUUAGAACUGAAGUGAACAGCUGUAAAAAGAAGCAACCUGUCUCCCCACCUCCAGCUAACCCUUCAUGCACAUCACUGAUGAGGAAUGUAGUAGUGCAAGCUAGAAGGGUAAGAACAGUCCUCUGACAUGACAAAGAACACCAAACACACAUUAAAAAAUCCAACACUUAACUCUCACAAAUGUGACUUGUAUUUGUAUUCUGAAAAUGCUUUUAAAGGGCUUGGUGAGUUAUCUGCAUGUGGUGGUGGGUAGAAGAACUACUUCUCUGUUGAUUGAUUUGUUUUGGACACCUCUGCUGCUUCUGCUACAGUAUAAUAGAUCACGACUUUUUUCUGGGUCAUCUUCAGGAAAUGGUAGGAACAAUGGGACUAGCAUUGACGGGCUGCACUUUGUCCUUUCCAGGCAUUCUUGGAGAAUUUGGCUGAGGAAUUUUAAACCAGCGCCCCCCUCCCCCAAGGGCUUUGUCUUGCAGAGUGCCACAGGUGUUCAUUUUAUUCUCCCGGCAUUCAACAUCUGUAUCAAAACAGCUGAGAAAGAUCAUUUGAACAUUUGGAAUGUGGUGUUAUUACUAUGCUGAUGACGCCCAGCAAUAUAGGUUUGGUUUUUGUUUUUAACUGAUCCAGAAGAAGCAGCGGCUUCUCUUAGACAGCGUCUGAAGUUGAACUAACUUAAUGCCAGACUAGACAGAACUGCCAGUUGGCAAUCUUGCCUUCUGAGGAUAAUAACCAGUCUCUUUCUUGGUCAGACCAAUGAAGCAUUACAGGGGUCAUGCCAUAUCAUCAGCUGACUGGUACUGGUCUGUUGAGGCAAAAAGAUUUCCUUGGUUGGGGUGGCUGAUUUCUUGGUAGUUUACUUACCCCAAAUGGAUUUAUGAGCUGGGUGGCUCAUAAGCUAAAUCCCCUCAUGAAAUCCCACAGGUCACUGUGCCAAAACCUAUAGUAUCACACAGGAAAAAGAAAAAUUUCAGUUAUGGGGGUUAGGAUCAUGUCCUUUUCGUGUGUGGUCAGCUUUGUGAAACUCCUUGAUCAGGGAAUUUUAUGAAUGGAGGUCUUCUCUGCAACUGGUAAAAGUAAUGCCCUUUAGAAUGGUGUUAUGUUUAAGUGGUUGCUUCAAAAUGGUGGACCUCCCUCAGGAAAUACAAUUGGUGCCAUCCUUGGACUCAACUAUACAGCCUCAAAUAAAACGUUUUAAUUGUCUUUUAAGUGUAAUAUACAAUUUGACACAAGAUGACGAUGGUGACCCUUAUGGAAAAUUCAAUCUAUUUUUUUUUUUAAAGCAUUUUCAGAACGGUUUUUGUAUGUGUCUAGAUCCUACCCUUGUUAUGCCUUGAAAACAUUUUUCCCCCUCCCGGAUUGGUUUUAAUUGAGGGGGUAGAUCGGUGUUUUUAGUGGUCUGUUUUAGUCUUUGUGCUGGAUUGUUUGCUAAAAGAGAUUAUUGGUUUUGUUAUUACCGCAUUGUGUAUUGUUGUGAUAUUGUAGAUGCUUUUAGCUGUUUUAUCCUAUAUUAGAGCCAUAGGAAGCUGCCUUGUACUGACUGCCUGUCUAGCUCAGCAUAGCAGUGGCUCUUCGGGGUUUGAAACAGAGGCUCUUUCCCAGCCCUUCUUGGAGAUGCCUGUGAUUGAACCUCUUUGCACAAAAGAAGAACAUAAGGAGAGCAUGAUGGAUCAGGGUAAAGGCUAAUCUAAUCCAGCAUCCUGUUCUCUUGGAACCAGCCAGAUGCCUGUGGGAAGUCGGCAAGCAGGACAUGAGUGCAACAGCCCUGUUUCCACCUGCAAUUCCCAGCACACUGCCUCUGAUAGUGGAGGUAGAACAUAGUCAUCAUAGCAUUGUCCUCCAUGAAAUUGUCUCGUCCUCUUUUAAAGCCAACCAGACUGGUGGCCAUCACUGCCCCCUGUGGGAACAAGUUCAUAGUUGAUAACUAUGCACUGUUAUUCUCUCUCUCAUAAAACCAGAACUCAAGGACAUCCUAUGUUGGAUGACUCAGGACACAGUUGUCCACAGCUACUAUGCAGAUGUGGGUCCAGUUGCUGCAAAUCACAAGUAGGGAAGAUGCUGCUGAACUCCGGUCCUGCUUUUAUGCUUCUGGUUGGCCACUGUGGGAACAGGAUGCUGGACUAGAUGGGCCACUCGUCUGAUCCAGCAGGCUCUUAUGCUUCUAUAUUGUGUUUUAUAUCUUAACUUUCAUGCUGUGAACCACUAUGGUUUUAGCUGAAGGGGUGGGGGCAAUAUGCAUGUGUUAUAAAUAAAUGAGUAUAUUUAUAGCUAAUAUCCAAGAUCUUUGUUUUAUAAUUUACUCCAAAGCUUUGAUGAUUAAUGACACAUGAUGAUGGAUCAAAUGUGUUUUCCAUAUGAGCUGUGAAGAAGAAUCCAUAGAAGACUGACAGUGGUGCAAGUUCUGAAAAUGGGAGGCAGAGCUUCUAAAAGAGUUUAGUAAACCUUCCUUAGGAAUCUCCCUCCAGUGUGAUCAUUUGUAACUGGCCUGUACACACAUCGAAGAGAUCUGCCCUCCUCUCCCCAUGUUUGACGGUCAAGUAUUUGAUGCUUUAUUGACUCUGAAGUACUUGUUGAUGGGAUCAUAUUAGUGUUGAAAUUGUUUAUGCAAAAAGUUGUUUUCUGACUCACCCGAAGGCAGCUUGACAUUUCCCCCUGGCUACAUUUCCCAUCAUUAUGUGGAUUAGCUGUGACCCAAAGCCUAAUUGCAUUUUCUCUCUUGCUUCAGAACAUUCUGUAUGAUUAACCCAUGAAGGUCAAAGGAUUUUGUCGUUGUUCACUCAUAUCAAUAUUGCUGCACAUCACCUCAAUCUCUGAGCAGUGUGAGAUUGCAGGGGUUACGGGUGCUUACACAGGGUUUUUGGUUUGCUUGGAAUAAGGGACAGUGGAGACUUUGGUGUGUUCGGAAUAUAUGGUUUAUUUACACAUGCAUACAACCUGAGCCUAUGAUAGAGGGGCUCACAGUAUUAAUACAGUGGUACCUCGGGUUACAUACGCUUCAGGUUACAUACGCUUCAGGUUACACACUCCGCUAACCCAGAAAUAGUGCUUCAGGUUAAGAACUUUGCUUUGGGAUGAGAACAGAAAUCGUGCUCCGGCGGCGCAGCGGCAGCAGGAGGCCCCAUUAGCUAAAGUGGUGCUUCAGGUUAAGAAUAGUUUCAGGUUAAGUACGGACCUCCGGAACAAAUUAAGUACUUAACCCGAGGUACCACUGUACCCCAAGAAGGUCUUGCUUAUCCUAUAGCCACAGCCUUGGAUUCAAACAGAAAUCAAGCAUUUUCUCCCUUUCAGGCUUCUGCCUGCAGCCUGCCUCAAGCCCUGCUCUCUCUCUAGCAUUCAUCUCUGACUUUAGUCUUUCUAACAACCAGCCAGUUGAAGGAGAGGGGACGGCCCCUAUCUGCUCUCUGGCACAGAGCCACUUCCUUUGUUACCUUAACAUACUUAGGCCGUUACCAAGAAGCUGGAUUGCUCCCAUCUUCCCUGAGGAACUUGCAAUCUGAAAAUUGCUGAAGAGAGAGGUGAGAAUGAUCAGAGGAAGAAAAUGGCACCUGCAAAGCUCUGUGCCUUUGGGAGUGCUGCCGAUCAUCUGACUGUCAGCAUUGGCAAACCCCGAAAUCAGUUGAAGCCCAUGCUGCUGCCACAUGGUAUUUUGCACUCUCUCAGCAAAAGGUUAACAUGGCUACUCUCGGUGCUAUUUUUCUAGAAAAAGAGGUGCCAGAACUCACCAUUAACAUCUCCCUUGUUCUCUUAUAAUGGCAAUGGCUCCCACCUGAGAGGUGCCAGAACUCAGUUCUGGUGAGUUCCCACUGAAAAGAGGCCCUGACUACUCUAAUGGAAAGGGCUCAGAACCCCCUCUUUUGCACACAUGCUGGUUUUUCUCUUUACUUUGCAGCCUCCGUGCAUUUCAUCAAAGUAAAAGCAACAACACCAGGGACAAGCAACUCAACAUCACAUGCCAUUGGGCUCUCUUACAUAUUUUUUUCAUUUAUUUUUAUAUCCUACUUGGCAUAUAGUGGUUAAGAGUUUCAAGCUGACACAUUUCCCAGUGUCUCCCCCUCAAAAAAAAAAACUUUUGUUCAAUUUUUUUAAAUCCCACCCUUCAUCCCAAAGGGAUCUUGGAGCAGCUAAAAAUGUAAGAUAACACAAUAAAACAUUGACACAUUAUAAUAAUAAAUCUUUAUUGCGGUCCAAAGACCCAUAAACACAUUAUAAACAUCGAUCAGACUGAAAGGAACAGCAAUUAAUCCCUUCAGUGCAGAAACCUCAUGCAUAAUUAUGCCCCAAAGACAGGGACAAAUAUGUAAAUCUUAACAUUCCGCUUGAACGUGGCCAAAAUGGGAGGCUGACUGAUUUCACUGGGUGUGUGGGAGUUCAGUAAACAGGGUGCCACCACUGAGAGCACCCUGAUCUAUAUCACUGUCCUUCUUGCCGCUCCCACUUACAGGUCUCUCUCCCUGAUCACAAUGUUCAGCUCAGAAGGCACUGGGGAAUAAAUGCUAAAUUGGAGUUUAAAACAUUAUUUGAGCUGGGAUUAAAUGCAUUUCCAGUUGGCAAUACUACUUGGAACAUGCCAAAAAAAAAAAAAAAAAAGAAUAAGAAGGCUUUGUGAUGUGUAAGUUAGAAAGGAAUACUGCAUCGCUUUGGUGCAUUAAUGGUAAUGAGGACACAGCUGUUACAUUCUUUAAGCCAAUAAUUCUCAAAGAUUUUUUCUCCAGGACUGGCUUUCAUCCACUACAACUUAUUUGUUUAAAAAGAAGCCCCAAAGCCACAUUGCUUAGAGAAGAAUUACCUUAGCUUUAUGGAGAUUUCACUAGGAGCACAUCUGGCUGACAAACAGACCCCAAAAUUGAAUGAAAUUUUAAAAGCAAUUUAUUUUCUCCUGGAUAAGUCAUCUAGCUUCCACAAGGCCAAAGAUCACAAUGCCUUGGCCAGGCAAGAAUAGGCAGUCUUCUUUUUUCUCAGAGCCCAUCAAGACUUCCCCAGAGGGAGGUGGCAAAAUUGGUGGAUUACAGACAUCAGUGAGAAAUUUACCCUUUCAAACAAAGCUCUUCCCAAUUCCCACUGUUUUCAGGCUAGGCCAGAGUUACUGACAAUGUCUGAGGAUCUUGUGUUAGCCACAUGCCAAAGGCUAAAAUUCUAUCAUUUAAUAUUAAGUGGUAAAAGUGUAUUAGGUGCUCAAAGAUUGAUAGAUGAUGAUGAUCUAUAGAUAUAGAUAGAUAGAUAGAUAGAUAGAUAGAUAGAUAGAUAGAUGACAGAUAGAUAGAUGACAGACAGACAGAUAGAUAGAUAGAUAGAUAGAUAGAAAUAUAUAUGGAUAGAUGAUAGAUAGACUGUGAGCCAAGAGCUUACAAUCUGAGUGAGUUUAUCAGAAGAAGAGCCUGAUGGAUCAGGUUCAUGGCUCAUCUAGCUCAGCAUCCUGUUUUCACAGAUGCCUGUGGGAAACCUGCAAGCAGGAUCCGACACAAGAGCACUCUCCUAACCUGCAGUUUCCAGCAGCUGGUAUUCAGAAGCGUAUCUUCUCAAAAAGAAUAUUGCAGAUCUGGAAAAGAUGCAGAAAGGGACAAACAUUAUAAUGGGGAUGUGGCACCUUUAAAAAAAGAGAGAUAAACUGGUGCUAGGAUUGUUGUUAAUGUGUUUUGAUGAUAUGUUUAUCAAUAAGUUUGAUAGACUGGUUUACGUAAGGUCACUGAAACCCCCACUUCAUAGAACAGAUUCCUCAUGAAGGAAUCUACUACAAUCCCUUGUAGUAAAGGUAUCAUGGAAACAUGUUAGGAACAUAAAUUCAAGCAGCUCCCUUUUUUAAAAAAAUGUGUUAGAGUACCCUUGAGUGUUUAAGGAUUUUAAAGGGUAUUUUUUUUAAGGGUGUACUCUGAUGCACCAGCACAAUGCAUGCCAUAUGCUACACUACAGCAAUAAUAACAUGGUAGCAUCCCGGAGGGCAUGGCAACACAGCCAGUAUCCACCAAUCAUGGCCAGUGUGACAAUGUCAUGGAGAUGAUGUGGUGAAAUUGUAGAGAAGUUGUGGAAAUUUCCCCAUGCCAGCCAACACCCACUGAAGUGUCUGAACCGUCUUCAGAGGUAGCCCUACGUAUAACAUGUCACAAUAAUCUAACCUAGAGGUUUCCAAAGCAUAGACAAGAGAAAUAUGUUAUCCCUGUCCAGACAGGGGUACAACUGGGCCAGCAGUUGUGAAAUGCUCAGCGUGGUUUUCUUUGCUUCAUUGACACAGUUCAUUCCUCUGAAACAAGCUUCAGUGAUCUGAAGGUUUAACUCUGAAUAAUGGAUAGGCAGAGCAAUGCAACCUUAAAAAGCAUCAUAAGGGUGAAGAGAGGUGCAAGAUUUUAAGAGCAGUGGAAACAAUUUUGAAGCGCCCUCAACUGCAUCCAAUAUUUUGCUGGCCUUCCGAAAAGCCUUGGAGCGAAAGCUUUAAUGACUCAGUUCAACUGUACCGUCAAGAAGUUCACGCAUUAGUGGGAAUGUAAACUAAUCACUAUUUGGCGAAAUCUACUAGCUCAGUUCCCCUCUUCUCAUUUCUCCACGUUUCCCAAAGAAGUAUAGCAACAUGUAUAGAACAUAAUGAUGAUAAGAGCCUUGCUGGGUCAAACCAAGGACCUAUCCAGUCUAGCAAUCUAUCUAUCUAGCAAUCCAGUGGUUUGCCAGAUGCCCCUGGGGAAGCUUACUAAUGGGAAAAAAAUCAACAGUCUUCCUAAUAUGCAUGAUUAGGUUAAUAUUACCCACAAAUUAGUUUAAUCCCCUAUUAAGGAAGCAGUUUUUAAAGUUUUGUUCUCAUCUGCCUAUUUAAUUUAUAAUGUUUGGUGAAAAAGAAAAAGUAGCUCAUAUUACUUUAAAAUGAUGAUUCUAAAAAAGGUUCGGAAUCUCGUAUCUGAUAUGAAGUUCUCUCAAAACCCCUUUGCCACUAUAUUUUGGGACACUGACAAAAUAAAGUUCUUUCUUGUAGAUUUUUCUGCAGUGAAAUAACACACUUUCUCUUAGUCCCCCUCCUUCCUCUCAAGAUAAUUGCAUUUGGUAAGGAGUGCUUAACAAUGCUACAUUCCUAAAGUACAAAGCACAGCCAAAAUGCAAAUCACUGUUGUGUUUGGGCAGUGUUAUUUUUUCAAGGACAGCCUGAUAGGUUGGGAACCAUCCAAGACCAAAUCUCUCAACACCUGUUUAAAGGCAAAUUUCAGUGUCCAAACUAUUAGGUUCAACAGAUUGAUAUGCAUAUAUUCUGUCCUUUAUUUUCUGGGGGGACGCAGGGGUAUGCGCACCCCUAAACAUUUUGUGAAACUUUGUACUUUUGUCCAUUUACUGUAUGUAUUUUUCCCAAUUUGAACUAUAAAAUGGCGAUUUUCUUGAGUCAAACUGAGAAUACUCCUAAACAUUUUUUUUAGGAGAAAAAACACUGCAUAUAUUAAUGUGCUUAAUUCUGUAAUUAAAAUCUGUGUGACUUCCAAGUGUAAACCGUAACUCUGACAGGAUCAUGUCUAUUUGCAUGCUAAAAUGAGGCACAGUAUUGGAAGACACAGGUUAAUAUUUUAAUGGCAAGUGGGAUGACAAUUUUAGUAUAUCAGAAAGGCUGACUAUGUAAAAGAGGAUGAAUUUAGGACCUGCAAAAAAAAAAAACACACAAAAAAACCCCACCAGUUGAUUCCAGUUGUAGCCAAAGAGAUGUAGGCAGAAAUUUAGAAGACAAUCUUCUUAGCAAAAACAAAGUUAUCAAGGGGAGACUUAAAAUGUCCAUCUUCAAGGAUUUUUUACCAGAGACCAAAUCAGGAUGUCAACUUUUUGUUCUUUGCUGGGGUGUGGGGUGAUUUCCAAAAGGAGAUUAUACUGUCUUCUCUAUAUCCCACUGGUUUCUGGCAGCCCUUAUUCCUAAUCAGAGAUUCACUGCUGGGGUCCCACAUGCAAACACUUACGUGUAACUCAAGAUCUAUUCUGUAAGGCCUGAUUCUAGAGUGAUACUGGAGAAUGAAAAGAAAGUUACCUGUGCAGGACUUAAAUACCGCCAACGACGAAAUUGGCUCACCAGUUCUUAUGUGUGCAGCACCACUGGCACUUCACCAUAGCCCAUUCAUAGCCCAUUCAUUAGUCCUUUUAAACAACACUGGAGGUGAAAAGUAGUAGAGACGUGUUAAGCAUUGUUUCUGCCAUAUAUUUCAGUGAUGUUCACAGCAAAAGGACCUGGCAGGUAAUCAGUGAGUUGCACAAAACUAAGCAGUUUAUUCCCAUAUUUAUAUAACGUAAUGUGCAAGAGAGUGGGGAAGGGAUGUUUGCACAAUGCCCUCCGUUCCAUUUGCUCUUGCUUGCAAUUUUCCAAGGAACAAAAAGGUGCCAAAGAAUGUCCUUGGAGCACUUGUAUGUAUAGAUCUUGAGUUACACAUAAGUGUUUGCACGUGGAACCCCAGCAAUCUGUCACUUAAAGCUUGGCUGAAUUAAACCAUUUUGGACAGGCACCCAAAACCCAGGCAGGCAAGGGGUGCCAGGCAGGCAAGGGGUGCCAGGCAGGCAAGGGGUUUCACAAAUAAGGCACCAUUACAGAAGAGGCCCUGUUUUGUUGUCCUAACCUUGCAGGGGCACUCAGAGAAGGAUGUCCAAAGAUUAUAGAUGUGAAUGGGCAGGUUUAUAUGGGAGCAGUCAGCCAUUUAGGUAAGAUUAGAGAAUCUAAAGGAGUACCAUGAGCAAGGAAAAGGGGGGGGGGGAGAACAUGUCCCUGCACCAAGGAGGACAGUGACAUUAAUUUCCCCAGUGAAGAUUCACCCUCCACAGAAAGUUUGCUAUGCACUGCCAUUUGCUGCAAACUGCGGGGGGGGGGGGGGGAGUAACGUGUUUUGACCCCAACAGGUGUAUAGGAUGUGAAAUUAAGGCUGGAUAAAUGUGUCGAUUUUGGUUUCUCAUUUUUCCAGUCUUAGGUUGAGUUCUCCACAUUUCCACAUCAGUUUGCAAAACCUUAAGACCUCAAGAAAAUUUGUCAGCGUUAUAAUACAAAUAUCUCCUAAUAUAUACAUCUUUGAAUGACAUUCAAAAAAUAGUUAUGCUUAUGGAAGCCAGCACAAUGAAUCUUACUAGCACAAUAGGACCUUUCUUCCUCUCCCCUGCCCACGUGCCCAUCCCAAUUGGCUCUGGAGGGUCAGAAGAAGCCCCAAAACAGCAUAAAGUGGCAGGAGGGGAGGUGGUUCCAUCUGACUAGCAGAAAUGCUUGCACUAAUGGAUCGUUCAUCACAGUGCAACAUUGAAUCCUACCCACAGGAUGCCAUUUUGCCUAAUAUACAAUUUUUUUGCAAUCAAUUUUCUCUCAUUUCAUGCAUUUUUUGAAGUUAUUUUCACUCAUUUUUGCAUUUUAUGCACAUUUCCCCAAUGUAUGCAUUUUUGUACAUGUUACUUGGUUGAAGAACUGUGUUGCUAAACUCAGAAGUCAAGUGUGAAUUUUGCAGGAUGGUUUCAUUUCAGUUCACGUAUAGCUUCUGAAAUUCAGUGGAUUUUGCUUUUAAAUAUAAGCAGAAUCAAAUUUCUCCCCCAUCCCUAAUUGUAAUCUUAUUGAGCAUUUAUUCUGUGUGGUGUUUGUAUCAAAUGGGGGGAGGCAGUUUGUUGUGCCAAAUCCACUCUAAUUGCCAAAUCUGAAUUUUCUAGUGUACCAUCCCACCCACAAAAGAACCGUCUGAAAGCAUCCUUAGGUUUCAACUUAAUGCAGUUACCUGGCUGUAAACUCCGCUGAACACAAUGGGAAUUGUUUGUAGGCAUGUGUAAGACAGUGCUGUCAGUCCCAUUGAACUCUGAGGACUUAUUUCUAAGAAACCUGCUACAUCAUGCUGCAAGUAUGCUUAGGAAUACAGCCCUAGUGCUCUGGAGAUCAGGCAAACGAAAGAUCUGAUUGAAGAAGGCGUUUUUAUUACGGGUUACAAAUUCACAAUUGGUGUGUGUUCAGAAAUGUUAUUUACCAGGAAAGCAACUAGUAGAUGUAGCAUGAUAUCAAAGAAACUGGAAAUAACUUUUGUCAUUGAAUCAGCUCUAUAAGAGACAGAGCAUCUGUUGGGCGGACAUGUUUCUCACGAACUGUCAAUGAUUCUCCUGCACUCAGUACCUUGGCAUAGAGAGUACAAUACUGAAUUUUCUUCAGUGCCUCAGAGACUGUGGUUAAAGCUGCUCCAAAUGUAUUUGGCAUUCUUCUUCCUUGCUUUCUCAGAUGGAUCUUUUAUAUAUUUGAUUAUAGGAAUGGGACUCUGCAGUUGUGACAAAUGCUUUUGUAUCUGCAUAAUCAUGUAAUGCUUGAUUAUUCUCUGAAUUGCAGAUGUUGAUGAAUGUGCUUCUGAAUCACACCAGUGCAACCCCACCCAAAUCUGCAUCAACACUGAGGGGGGGUAUACUUGCUCCUGCACAGAAGGAUACUGGCUUUUAGAAGGCCAAUGUUUAGGUAUGUAAUACUUUGGGAGGAAAUGUCUUUAAAACAAAACAAAACAGUUUGUGAUUUCUGCAUGAUGGAUUGAGGGGAAAUGUAUGUCUAGACCACGUAAAUAAAGGGGACUAAAGAUGCUUUUAUUCAAAGGGGUGGCAGGUCUAGAGAGAGUGUCCCAUGAGGUGUUAAGCAGUCAUGUCUGACCCAAUGCAAUGUUUGAAUGCAAGACACCUCUACACAUUUCAGCAAAGGGACAUGGGUGGCGCUAUAGUCUGAAACACUGAGCCUCUUGGGCUUGCCAAUCGGAAAGCCGGCAGUUCGAAUCUGUGCGAUGGGGUGAGCUCCCACUGCUCUGUCCUAGCUUCUGCCAACCUAGCAGUUCGAAAGCAUACCAGUGCUAGUAGAUAAAUAGGUACCGCUGUGGCAGGAAGGUAAAUGGCGUUUCUGUGUGCUCUGGUUUCUCUCACGGUCCUCUGUGCACCAGUAGCGGUUUCAUUAUGCUGGUCACAUGACCCGGAAAGCUGUCUGUGAACAAAUGCCGGCUACCUCGGCCUGAAAGCGAGAUGAGUGCUGCACCCCAUAGUCACCUUUGACUGGACUUAACCGUCCAGGGGUCCUUUACCUUUACCUACAUAGCAAACAGUGUCUUGCAUCCAAACAAAGUAUUGGGUUUGCUAUGAGUCAAUCAUAUCUCUAAAGCAUAAGUGAGUGUAUCAUUUGGGCUGGCCAGAUGCACACGGUGUUUGAGAAACCAUCAUUUUGAUGUUUCUUCCUAUUCCUUGGGCUCCAGUAUGACAUCUUUUCAAUAAGUGAACCAAAUGUAAAACACAUGCUAUCAGCCAUUAUGAAUUUGUCUUCCUUCAACUCACAAAAAGAUUUUCUGAAAUUGAACACAUUCUUUCUUUAGAGAUACUAGAGUAAGGUUCCAUCUGGUCAUUGGCCUUUUCCUACAUGCAUGGUAAUAAAACUUGCCUUUAUUUUGCCAUUUUCAUUUCCUGGCCUUGGAAUCUUGGUCUAUCCAGUCUAAAUCCCAACAUUUUACCCACUGCAUUUUAAUAUUACAUUUUUAAAUUGUUGUAACCCAUCCUAGGACCUCACGGAGAAGGGCAGGUAAGAAAUAUAAUAUCAUACUGAAGAUCUGGAAAUGCCUUUUAAACUAAGAUUUGUUUAAGCUUCUUCCUAUUAUUAUUAUUAUUAUUAUUAUUAUUGAAAACUGCUUUUAGCCAGCACAGCAAACUGGUAGACUUGCUGCUGUUCUUCUGACCACAUUGUUCUGAAUGCUGUCUCUGAAGGAGGACACUUUUGGCCCAUUCUCAGAGUCCAGAGGUGGUGAAGAAGCCUCAGUGCUGCUGCUGCUUUCACACCAGCAAAGAUUAUGAUUACCAUGCAAGUCAGUGCAGCAUUCUUUUAAAUGUAACUUUUAAAUUUUUUUACAGCUGGGGGAACAUCGCUGCUCAGUUGUCGAGCUGCCUCUGUUGCAACAUAAUUUUUGUAGACGUGCUCACAGUGUGAUAUUUUCUGCUCUGCUUCUUUCUAAUACUACACUGGAACAUUACGAGCUUAUAAAACUUGAGAAAUACAAAUUAAGACCAAAGAUUUUUUGACGGUGUAUGAACAGUGAGCAGCUUUAUUUCUAUAUUACAGCUGCCAUGUUUAUUAAUUGUACUGAUCUCCAACAACACACUAGUCUGCUAGAAGCUAUUAACAAACAUAGUCCCUGUUGAACAGGCUUAGAUUAGAACCAAUGUGCUAGUUCAUGUAAUUGAGUGCCUCGUUUUUUUGUACAGCUUGUUUCAUGCAAGAGAUUUUGCUUGCUCAGCCCACCAUUAGAAGGUUUAUGAUGGUAUAUUAAAAACAUGGUUUGUGCUUUUGAUAUACAGGGUUUCUGACUAGGGUGUGUGCAUGCAGUGAUCUGGACUAAAAGCCAAAAGCAUCAUGAGGAGAGUGUUGGUAUGAGUUGGCCUUCAAUGAGUUGCAUAAUCCUCAGUUCUUCAAACUCAGACCCCAGAUGUUGGACUACAUCAUCUCCAGCCAGUUUAGCCAAUGGUCAGGGAUGAUGGGUGUUGUAAUCCAACAGCAUCUGUGGACUCAAGGCAGGCAUGGACAGACCAAUGGCGAAGGGAGAUUACAGGGUUCAAUGAAAGAAGAUUUUGUGUGCAAAGUAAUGGGUCUGAACAAUACAGCCUUUGAUCACACUGAAAUAAUGAGAUCUCUUAGCAAAUGGGUGCAUGCGGUUAUAAAUUUUACUGUGUGACAGGUGCAACUAAUAGUCUCAUUUGUUGUUCACAUUUUUCUUUGCAGACAUAGAUGAAUGUCGCUAUGGUUACUGUCAGCAGCUAUGUGCCAAUGUACCAGGCUCCUACUCCUGUACAUGCAAUCCAGGAUUUAUCUUGAAUGAAGACGGAAGAUCAUGCCAAGGUACCGUUUGUGCAUGAGAGAGAGAAGACCAGAGAGCACAGUACUUUUUAAGCAAAACAUUCAACUGAUAGAGCUUUCCGAAUCUCUUUGGGAGGGUAUUCCAGAGGGUUGGUAUAACAACUGAAAAGGCCCGUUUCCAUGGUGUUUUCAGACGACAAUCCACUGGCUAUGUUACGGCCAGCAGAGUCUCCUAUGAGGGACACAAAGUCCAAUGUGGCUUUCAGCAGGGGGGAUAUUCUGCUAUGUAGCCUGGUCCCAUGCUGUUUAGGGUUUCCAUGAGUUUGGCUUGGGAGCAGCAACAGGCAGCCAGUGCAGAUCACUAAGCACAAUAUCAAUUUACCCACAGCCUUAAACACAUUUAUGAAGUUUAAUGCAUGGUGGUUCUUGCAAUUUUCUUUUAUGAAAGUCCUUGUUCUCCUUCAGCUGCAAAAUCAUCAAAGCUCUCUGGUCCUGGGUGUGGGGUGGGGGAAAUCUCCUAGCAAUAUGCCCAUAAAAAGUAAUCUUAAGAGUUAAGGCUACAGUUUGUUACAGUCACAGACACGCCUUCAUCCAUUGCCCUUUCCCCCUUGUUUCAUCCUGCUGCUUUUGGCCAGGUUUUGUUAUGAUUGAAGCAGUCAGAGUCUUAAAACUUGUAGAUAAACAAGGAAGCACCUGCAGGAUACACUUCAGUUUUGUUUGCCAUAUUGGUCUGAAUCCAAACAGACUAUGCAGAAUCUUUUCAAGAUGUCACAGUGGUAAAUUGAACUUUUCCAGCACUGUAGCUUUGUUUGCAUGUCAGCGUCUGAUGUGUACUACCCCAUGUUGCCCAUUGAGUAUAGUGGUUCCCUUGGCAGAGUAGCUCCCUCUGGCCUCGUGUACAGAGACAGUUUGGGCAAACUAGGAGUAAUUCUUACUUGCCAUAAAGUUGUUCCACAAAGAGAAUGAGUAACUAACUCACACAUGUCACCGCUUUCUCUCUAAAGUGGUGAUUUGUACAUCUCCCAGAAAUGUCCUUUAGAACAUCUCUCAGAGACAAAAGAUCAGCUAUGUACUACAGCUGCCACCUGACCUGACCACAAGCUAUGGUGGUUGUGGCUAAUGGGAGUUGUAGUCCAACAACAUCUGGAAGUCCCCAUCCCUGCCUCAAGGGAAGAAGAUACUCCAAUUACUUUUCUCUCUCUUUUGUAGCCAAAAUCAUCUCAGUAGGUUUUAUUUUUAAGAACUUCUUUUUCAUUGCUGUAAGCCUUAAAUAAACUAGAGCCUUGAAAAAAGUGAUUGAUACCGCUUUCCCACAGAUGUGAAUGAAUGUACAACCAACAAUCCUUGUGUGCAAAACUGUGUCAACACCUAUGGCUCAUUCCUUUGCCGCUGUGACCCUGGCUAUGAAUUAGAGGCUGAUGGUAUUAGUUGUACUGGUAAGUAAAAAGCUUCCUGAAACAGGGCUGUGUUCAGAUGUCUAUGGAAAGUCAUGAGAUUGUUUAUCUGUGUGACAUCUGACGGGAGGGCAUUCCACAGGGAGGGCACAACUACUGACAAGGCCUUCUGCCUGGUUCCCUGUAACUUCACUUCUUACAAUGAGGGAAACACCAGAACUCCCUCGGAGCUGGACCUCCAUAUCCAGGUUGGGCGAUGGGAAGUGGAGAUGCUCCAUCAAGUAUACAUGGAAGGUUAGAGUGAUGAAACUAGGAAGGGUUAACAGGAACAUCUAAUCCCACAAAAUGUAGGACUCUGAGCAGUUAUUUCCAUUGGUUUCAAUGGAGCAUGUUGUUGUUGUUUAGUCGUUUAGUCGUGUCCGACUCUUCGUGACCCCAUGGACCAGAGCACGCCAGGCACUCCUGUCUUCCACUGCCUCCCGCAGUUUGGUCAGACUCAUGUUUGUAGCUUCGAGAACACUGUCCAACCAUCUCGUCCUCUGUCAUCCCCUUCUUCUUGUGCCCUCCAUCUUUCCCAACAUCAGGGUCUUUUCCAGGGAGUCUUCUCUUCUCAUGAGGUGGCCAAAUAUUGAGGUGGCGAUCUUAAUUCCGGCUUGGGAUUCAUCCAGCCCAGCCUUUUGCAUGAUGUCAAUGGAGCAUACUCUCAAGUAAAGGUGCUCAGGAUUGUGUGGGUAUAUGUAUUUUGUUUACUCAGUGCCUCUUAACUGUAGAACCUUAGACUACACCUUGCUUGGCUUCCUGCAGGUGAACUAAAGAAGCAUUUACAGUACACAUGUUCUUGCCCCAAGUGUGUUGGCAGUGACCUUAAAUCACUGAAGUCAAUGAAUUAUAUGCUUAAAUUCAUUUACUGCAACAAGGAUUAUAUGGCUGUUUCUUGUGCUUUCAUACUUGUUUCAGUUAUGGAACACUUAUUAUACACUUGGUUUAAUUUGAAAAUGAUUAGUUAAGCCUGUUUGUGUUCUGAAAUGGUCUCCUGUGCCUAGUUAAAUGAAGCUCUGGGAAAAACACAUCUCCGAAAAAUGCUUCCCCCCCCCCCCAAUUUACCAUAAGUAGAUGCAACGCUGCCUGGCUUACAGUAAAAAGAACACUCAGGGUGGGUCUUACUCGGAGUAGACCUAUUGAAAUUAAUGUACCUAGCUUAGUCAUGUUCAUUCACUUCAGUGGGCCUGCUCUGAGUUAAAUCUAGCUGAAGACCACCCUCCGUUUGUGCAGACAGGGGACCUCUUUGGCUAGGGGUGAGGAAACUCGGGCCCAGGGGCUGAGUGUGGCCCUCCAGGCCUCUCCAACUGACCCUCAAAACUCUCCCCAAGUCACACUCCCUCUGCCUAGGCCAUGCCUAGAAGGGAUGCAGCUGCUGGGCUGGAAAAGGUUCCCCUUCCUUCAGUGGAGACUGGUUCAAUAGGGAGAAUGGGGCGCUGCCCCCUGACCUCACUCUGUCCCCAUCCAGUUUCCACCUGCCUGCCUUCUUACUUACACCUAACCCAGGCGGUGGCACUGCCUGUCAACAUCUUCCUCCUUAGUCCAAGGUUGCCUCUUGUAGGGAGCAGGAUGGGGCAAAUCUAGACUUAAGUCGGAUCUGCCUGUCAUUUGCUCUGGCUUCACUUCCUGGUGGCCUCUCAGCCAUCCACCUCACCUGUCCCGUGAGCACCAGCCACCAUGGCCUCCUCUGCCUUAGGUUAUUCAUCUGGGCAAGAUUUCAUUUUAAAGGGAAAACAGUACUCCAGACACAGCAUUUGAGCUGGUAUUUCUGCCUACAGUAGAGCUUUUUCAACAUCAUGAUGUACUUGCUAAAGAAUUAGUACACUCCAUGCUAAACACUUAAUUUUGGUACUUCUGAGGAUCAGUUCUUAAUUUGGCAUAUUGCUACUAGACAUGCUCCUUUUUUCACCAUCUGCCUGCUGCAGACAUCACAGGAAGGAAAAAACCCAAAACCCAAUGAUUUCCCUAAGAGAUAAAGCAUGCCAGUUCUGGGAUUAGAUUGCCUAGUUGUCAAACUCAAAUCCCCAAAUAUUAUUUUGUUUGGUGUUGUUAUUGCACCGAAAAUUGCAAGGUCCUGUACAAAAAUAGCGUUGGUGUUGCCUAUACAUUCCUUUGACCUCCUCUCCCAUUAGUGUCAAAAGGGAAUAAAUCAGCUUGGCUUUUCUUCACUUUGGCUCAGCGUUGGAAUUGCUUUAAUCCUGUGGGCUUCUUCUGAAUCUAAAGUUCGUGCACAUCUCCCCAAAUAUACCAAAUAAAAUCUGGUUUCGAUCAACGUUUUGGAAGUUUGCUUAGUCAUCCUAGUAUUGUGAAACCCUUUGCUGGCCUAGUCUGGCACAUCUGUAGUGAUUCUAAAAUUGGUUAAUGGCUGUAGAUUAUAUAACAUGAUUUACACAAUCCAGCAGCGUUACAAGGGGCAGGGCAGCAUCAGAAUACCUUAUCUAGGAAAGGACAGUUUUAGAUAGGCAGCUUCCCAAUGUGGGCCAAGAGUGGCAGGGGUGAGCAUACAAAGCAUGAAUGGUACAUAGGUGGAGAGCUCCUUUGUCUCAUAAGCUACAUGGUGGAUAAAGUCAGCUUGGCUUGCCACACAGGACUGGUUCAGGAAGUGAUAUAUGGCAGGGAAUAUGAUGUGAGGGUGAUGGGAGAUGGGCUGCCCUCUGUUUGUUUAGGUGGAAUUCAGGUCAUGAGAUGGUCCAUGGGUUGCGGCCUCCAGUGAAACUCAAGGGCAACUUAAGAGGGUCAGUAAGCACCAUAAAACUAGUGUUAUAGAAAAUGAGUUGAGAAACAUAGGUUGAACCACUUACUCAUAUUGGCAAGUAAUGGUCUGAACCUAUCACCAAUGAACUGCUAACUCUUCAUAAUCCCAAAUUUACAGAUAUGGAUGAAUGCAGCUUCUCGGAAUUUCUUUGUCAGCAUGAAUGUGUCAACCAGCCAGGUAGUUACUACUGCUUCUGCCCUGCUGGCUACGUUCUUCUGGAUGAUAUCCGAUGCCAGGGUAAGAACAUUUUGCCAGCUGUUUUGUUUUUUUUUUAAAUUUAAAAACAAACACAAAAAUAAACAUUAACCUUUUUCUCGAAAUAAUAGUUAAUGAAGCAAAGGAUGAACAUAAGGUCUAAGCAAUUAGAAAUGCACGUUGGGAGCUAUUAUGCAACACUGCUGAACACAUAACUAUGUGUGUGGUGUCAUUACAGUUCACAAGGUUCUUGGCCUGUGCAACCAUUCUCCAGUGCAGUUAAGGAUUACACAACAGGUCCCAUGCUAUUCCUUUUUUUCUGCUCCAACUGUGAAGAAAACGUCAAAUCUCCCAAUGACCUUAAUAGAGAGAGUUGACUCCAUACUAAACAUGCUUGUUUACUACCAAAUUGUGGACAGCAGUGAACUCAUUAAAAUACCUUACCAAGCAACCAGUUCUUCUGGGUGAAUAUAGCAUUCCCCCCUCUACCAAGCAUAAUUGGAAAGUGUUGUUUGGAUCCAACAUAGCAAGAGAUAAGCUCAGCAAGUUCUCCUCUCAACCUGUGCAGAAAUGCCGUCUGUACGUAGCUUAAGUCCUCCAGACAAUCGGCUGCGCCUGAGUUACAGGCCCAGAUGGUGAAAGGUCAGUCAGUGUAAAUAAUGUAAUGGAAAGUGCAGCAUCAGUCAGAGAGGAUGUUGCUGGGUCCCACAGGUACAUCCUGGUUCAUGCUAAAAUAAUUCUCCAACACAGUUGCGUAUAUGCUUCUUUGAUAACACAGAAUGAAGCAGUUAUGAAGAAGCCUUAUCAAGUAUGAACCAGUCAUCACAGUGCCUUAGCUCACACCAACAUUCUCCUUCAGCACACUGAUUACAUUGGUGGAAAAACAAACAUGGAGCAUGGCCAGUUGAAUUACAUGGCUAGGUCACUGUUGCCCCACUUAAAGGAGAAAAGGUAGUUGGGGGCCAUAAUGAAACCUCCUGAACAAACCCCCUAAUUCCCUUCAAUUUUUGGUAGAUCACACACCACUCAACAUAGCUUUAUCUCAUAAUUCUAUAACUCCUUGAGGAGACAUCACAAUGAGUUUUAAUUACGUGCUUGCUUUGUUGCCCUGUGUUUAGGGUUUGAGAGUUUUGACAUGAUCUGCAGUGAAUUGUAUGAUCUCACAUUUGCAAGAAGCUGAGCCAAUAUUCAUUUGCUGUUCCUUCGUCCUCUUCUUUGGGUACAUUCAGACAUGUCAAAAUAUUUGGGUUGAUCCCCAUAUAUAGAUAUAUAGAUACACACACACACACACACACACACACACACACACACACUCAGAACAACCCUGUGAGAUAGAUUAGGCUGAGAAAGUAUGACUAAAGUCACUCAGUGAGCUUUGUGGGUAGAGAUUCAGUCCCUGAAAACACUCUAAACACUACAGUACAUCCUACUGGACAUUAUACAUGGGUAGCAUCUUGCAAGACUCUUUGAGAUGUGUUUUAGUUAAAUAGUAUUCUGUGCCGCAAGUGCUAUGGGGUUAAAACACUUAUUAAAAUAUACCAAUAUUCAUUUUAUUUUAUUUUUCAUUUUAGAUGUUAACGAAUGUGACGUUGGGAACCACACUUGCACCUUGCAACAAACGUGUUUUAAUGUCCAAGGAGGAUUCAAAUGCCUAGACCCAAUAAGGUGUGAGGAGCCUUAUAUCCUGAUCAGUGAAAAGUGAGUAAUAUCUUCAUAGAAAUAGGAGGAUAUUUACCUUCUUCAAUAGGCAUGUGCUGUUUGGACUUUCUGCCGCUAGCUUUGUGUUACACCAUUCAGAUUUUAGGGAUCUUUCUCUGAUUCCUCUUUAGGUGUAGGCAUGAAGUGAGAAUGUAACUGACAGAAAACUGGAAAAAUGGGUUUCACAUGGCUAUGCUCAUCAAGAAGCUAGAACUACCUGUGGCUCAUUGUUGAGUGCAUACUCAGUGGCAAACCCAGGUCUAUUGCUGUGUAUCUGGCCCUUAGCUUAAAUAAAAAUCUAACUCUUAACGGCAUGUAUCCCCUCCUAUAAUAGUACAUUCAAUAUGCAGAAUCCUUGUGAGGAUAAAAUGAGUUGUAGACCUUCCCUGACCUCAUGGCAUUCUUUAUUCAGUCUACAUAUCUCAUCACUCACUUCAAGUCCGCUCCCUUCUACAUAGAAACAUAUGAAACUGCCUUUUAUGCAGAGUCAGGCCAUAGGUCCAGCUAGGUCGGCAUUGCUGCAGAAGUGCUUUGUUGAGUGCAGCCACUGCACUAGCUUUCUCACACUGGUGGGUCAUGGUUGUUUACCUGGACAGGUGAGGGAAGUUGGCAUGGCUUCCAGUGCUCCUACAAGUGAAUCUGCACCACACCAGCCACCUCCCAGCAAGCAACAGCAAGCAACUUGCCAGGAAUCUAGCAGAGCAUCUUCACCCCAGCCAGUGAGCUGCUUCUGAAUUACUGAUAGCCGCUCUUUGGGGUCUCCCAGCCAUAUCUGGAGAUGCCAGGGAUUUAAUCUGGCACCUUCUGCAUGCAAAGCAAAUGUUCUAAAACUGAUGUCCCUUUCCCAGCUUGUUUUAGUCACAGCAUGGUUUACACACAAGAGUUUUCAGCAGCAAUAGGUUCUGCUUCUCCUUGAUCCCACAUUAUUCCUUUUUCUAUCUGCACUCUUGAGUCCAUCAUUCCUGCCUAGCCCCUGAUGGAGAUGCAGAGUGCUCCUUCCCACUCAUCAGAUGAUAGGUGCAAUGAGCAGGGAAAAGGCAAUAUUGGUCCCAUUCUGCAUCAGGCCCCCUUGCUUGCAAUUUGUGUGGGCAAAGCCUGCACUUAAGGUAACAGACCUUACCAGAGCCAAUGUAUUGCCUUGUCUGCUCCCAAGAUGAUGUUAUAAGAACUGCUUCUUAGCUUCUUUUAACAGUAACAGGCACAAAAUAUAAAAUCCCUUGUCAGGCCACCAGGUGGCAAAAGACUCAACUGUAUUUCUAGUUACGCUAGAAAUACUGUAUGCUUAUGAAGAAAUAAGAGUAGGUCUUAUUAGUCAUUCAAAGGUCUUCAAAGCUGAGCUGUCAUUCAGUGCUAUUCCAUAGAGGAUGUUGAUGGUACAUUGUUUGUGUGCCUCUCUUGAUUCAAAACAAUGCAUUUAAGGUUUAAGAACCCAAGUAUAAAUGGUAUGUGCAUAUUAAUUUAGGUCUUGUAAACUGUGGAAUAUCGGUCAAUAAACGGAUUGAUUUAACUGUUAUAAACUGGUUAAUCUAACAGGUGAUUGACUUCACAAAUUUGUUGAUAAACGCUUGUAACACAGCAGGGUGUAGAUUAUAAAACAGGUUAUAGAGAAAACUGAAGUUGAGGAUGCAGAGGUUGUGCUAUGCAUUCAGAUACUAGAUAUCCUUUCUUGCUAAGCAACACAAAACAAAUUCUCUUUGGAAAUUUGCUCAAUGUCAGACAUAGCAGCAAUAAUAAUUAGUAGAGUGAAUAACUCAUUCAGGAAAACAUAUGCCAUUAUAAAUGUGCUAAUUUUCAGAGUACUGCAUGACUCUCCGUUGUUUUUGGUGGCAAUACUACUACUAAUAGUAACAAUUUCUGUUCUUCCAGUCACUGUAUGUGCCCAGCUGAAAAUCCUGGUUGCAGAGACCAGCCAUUCACCAUUUUGUACAGAGACAUGGAUGUUUCAGGGCGCACUGUGCCGUCUGAUAUAUUUCAAAUGCAAGCAACGUCCCGCUACCCUGGUGCUUAUUACAUCUUCCAGAUAAAAUCAGGAAAUGAGGGAAGAGAAUUCUACAUGCGUGUAAGUGGGACAGGAUCUUGCAUGGCAGAUUUCUUCUUCUUCUUCUUCUUUUGAAUACUGUUUAAAACCUCAAGCUCUCUUUGUGUCUUCCACACAGCAAACUGGACCUAUCAGUGCCACUCUAGUGAUGACCCGUCCUCUGAAGGGGCCACGUGACAUUCUCUUGGACCUGGAGAUGAUUACUGUUAACACUGUCAUCAACUUCAGAGGAAGCUCCGUCAUUCGGCUGAGGAUAUAUGUAUCGCAGUAUCCCUUCUAAACCAAGAGUUUCAUUGCUUUAUUUUGUAAAACACACACACACACACACACACACACACACACACCCCACACAGCUGAAAAGGGCAUUAUCCCUUUUCUGCCAGAACUUUCUUCUCAGGAGUCAGUGCGUCUAAUAACUCAACAUGAAAUCAGCAUUAAAAGUUGCCAUAAUGGCUCAUAUUACAAUGAUGGGCCAGACCUCUUCCUCAUGGUUUGAAACCACCUGAGCAUUACAUUGCCAAUGGAUUCCAUAGGCAUUUUUCCUGCAAUGAUCAUGUGCUGUUAAGAAUCUUUUGUCUUGCUUUCCAAAACUUUUUAUACAGUGUGAUUAUAAGCUUAAGAAACUGUGAAGCUCUCCACCUUUAUCCUGGCAAUGCUGUUUAGCAGAAUAACCAGAGAAACUGUGGGAAAUGCUGGCUUUUGCUGUUCUGCUCUCUCUUUUUUCUUCCGCUAACACUUGUGGAAUCAGGGACCCACCAACCGCCUUCUCAAAAAUGUCUGUGGAAUCAUCAGUUCUGUCCCUGUUAUGUGUCUCUAUAGAAACUGUCCCUCAUUCAUCUUACUUCCCCCCCCCCCCAUAGAAUAUUUUCCUUCUUUUCAGCCUGGGUUCUUUUCUGCCUUAAAACUUUGGGAAGAAUCAUGUAGUCACACAUGGCCAAGAGAACUGAAGGGAAAGACAGUAGGUCAGUGAUGGAGCAUCUGUUUUGCAAGCAAAGGGUCCCAGGUUUAAUCCCCAGCACCUCAAGGUAGUGUUAAGGAUACCCUCUGCCCUGUCUAAAACCCUGGAGUCAUUGCCAGUUAGUGUAGACUAGCCUUUCUCAACCUUGGGUCCCCAGCUGUUGUUGGACUGCAACUCCCAUCAUUCCUAGCCAGCAUGGCCAGUGAUCAUAGAUGAUGGGAGUUGUGGCUCAAGAACAUCUGGGGGCCCAAGGUGGAGAAAGGCUGGUGUUGACGAUGUUGAGCCAGGUAGACCAGUGGCCUGACUCCAUUUCCUAUAUGCUUGUUGAAGAGCUCACCCACUAUCCAGGGCCAUGUGCUUGUAACAUGCCAUAGACAUUUGAUGCUGAAAUCUGAAAAAUCCCACUGGACAUGCUCAAGCCACUGAGUUCACAUGUUGCAUCUUUUUGGAUCCCAGCCACUACCAGGCACUGGGUUUUGAUGGAAAGAUCACUAGUACUGUUUAAAAUAUUUAUUGUAAAAUAUACAGGGCCUGGUUCUCCAUUUACAAUUUGGGCUCCGUUUAUAAGUCUUGUGAUUUAUACUCACAAGACAGUCUGCCAUAGAUAAGGAGCUGCGCUAUGAAAUCAAACACAUGCAGGUCACAUUUCAGUAGCUCUGAGAAACAGUCUGCAUUCUGAACACCAAGAAGAGGCUUCUUUGUUCUCUUCUGUUAGUAGGGAAAGCAAUACCUAGGGUUGUGGCACAGUUCAGUGGUAAAAUGCAUACACCUGGGGGCAGAGGGAGAAAUUCCGUUCAGUUCACAUUUAAAAGCAAAACUUGCAAAAUUGUACCUAGUGAAACAAUAUGCUGACUAAAGCACAGCCAUCUUUCUAAAUUCUCACUUCUCCAAAUUUUGCAAUGCAGGUCACACAUCUCUGAAUUUUGCCAUGCUAUUCCCCAGCCAAAUAAUGCGUACAAAAAUGUGUAUGCAGAGAAAUGCAUAUAUUAGUGAAAAUGACAUGCUAAAAUGCAUUGUUUUAGGAGGAAGUGUCUUGCAAAAAUGUGUAUAUUAGGGAAGACAGCAUACAAAAAUGUGUAUAUUUGGAGAAAUUGGCACAAAAAUGCUGAUGAAUUUUCGUGAGUAUUUUUUAUUUAAAAAGUCACAGGCUGAUGUGGAAACGUAGAGAACUGAAUUUAAGGCUGGAAAAUGAGAAACAGAGAGAAAUAGAAAUUGACAGGUUCGCUCAUCCUAAGCGCACACAAGAUCCCGGUUCAGUUCAUAGCUCUCCAAUUAAAGGAUCUCAGGUACCAGACUAGGAAAUAUGUCUGUCUGGUGCCAUGGACUGCUACUACCAGCAGCAGCUGUAGGCCAUUUGGGAUAGAGCAUUUCCCUUUGGGGAAAGAGAACCUGUAGCUCUGUAUGAAUUACACACAGUGGCUCAUGCCCCGAAUAACCAUUUUUAUGUUGCAUGACAUUUAUUUGCUUUGGGGAACUUUUUAUUCCUUGAUUCUUAACCAUUUCAAGAUGUGAACUAUUUCACUCUCUUCUGUUUCUAUUAGAUUGCUUCCAAGGUUGAGCUGACAUAGGAUUUAGCUAAUGUGAACUAGUUACACGAGCAAUCCUAACCACAUCUAUUCAGAAGCAAGUCCUAUUAAAUCCAACAGAGUACUCCUAGGCAAGUGGGGUGACGAUUGCAGCCUUAGUCUGCUCUCUUAAUGCACAUCUCAUAUAGCACAUUUGCUCUGAAUUUCAAAGGUAGCUCAGCAGCCAAGACAGCCAGGGCUAGGAAAUUUAAGAUACGAAGAUAUUGCCUGUGCCUCACCUGGGAAUAUUGUGGUUGUACACAAUAAUGCUCUUCUAAAAUCCCAGCGAGGUACAGCAAGAAGAUAUUUAUGGGAGCAAAAAACGAAACCAAUUAUAUUUAGGAUACAGCUGUGAAUGUGGCUCCUAGUUUUCCCCCCAUAAAACAUGUUUUCUUCUUCCAAUAUUGUUUGAAGGGUUGAUUUCUAGCACCAGUAGUGUAACGUGUGCACUUCUAAAUAAUUUCAACAGAUCUACGUAACAAUAGAUAGUCAUGGAAUUUAUUAAUAUUAUUACUGUAUCUUGCUUAGUUUUCACAAAGGUUUUUGAGAGAGGAAUAGAUUGUUCAGAAAUUUAAAACAUUAAAUUGUUCAAAUUUUUAAAAUUCAAGUCAUUUAUAAUGCAUCUAUAUGCUUGGUUAGUUUUCCCUGUGAAUAUUCCAAAACCAUUAGAAGUUGUGUUCUGGGCCCAGUUGUGUUUAACUUAUAGGCUGUGCAACAUGUUAAUAUUAGAGGAUCAAUCUCCAUGUUUAAAUUUCAGUGUUUUAAGCUCCACAAAUUCUUCUGUGAAACAAGCAACCUUGUGUGGAUCCAAAGAAAAUAUGGUUUGCAUAUCUAGGUUGGGACUCUCAAUAACCUCUAUAUUAAAUGAUUAAAUAUGGUUUCAUAGAAUAUACCGUUUCAACAUAGACUGACAAUUAUUUCAUGGGACCAGCACACCAAGAAAACAUAUAUGUACAUAACACAUACACAAUUUAAUAUUCUAGCUUGAAUAUUGCAAUGAACAAGCUUGAAGUAUUCUAAAAAGUAUUUUUCAGAUGGGUUUUUGCCACAAUGGUGUCCCCAAGUAUAGCACUUUAUCCAACACAGGGGUGAAAUGGUGAUUAUUCACUUACAUGCAACGAAGGAAAGAGGUGACCUUGAGGCACCGGCGACAUGGAGGCUGUUCCCCGUUCCCAGUGACCCGUAGCUGUUGAGAAGCCUGUUCCUAUCGGAACCUCUUUCCCCAGCAUUGCCCUAUCAUGGGUCCCGUCUGGAUCAAUACAAUCCAUUCUCACCAUCAACAACACAUACAUCUUCAUAAUCCAGAUGGUCAUCAUUUGAUACUGCAAUGUAACUAGUUUCCAACACAAAGAGGAUAAUGUAAUUUACACUACAUGUCUUUGGUGUUUCUGAUUCAUACACAAAUCCUUACUAAUUUGUAUCUGAACCGAGCUUUUUUUUUUUAAAAAAAAAUUCUUGCAUUAUUUUUUAAAGAUUGUGAAGGAACACAGCAUUGAAUAUGCCAAUGUGGAAAUGUCCUUUAAACUGUUUGUACAAAAAAAAAAAAUCCAAUAAAAUUAUAAGUGAUUUUUUUGAUGUGAACGUUUGUUUUUUUAAAAAAAUGAAGUUACAACAAUGCACAGGGGUUUAUUACUUUAGCAUUUCUUAGUAUUGUUCUGUGCACCCCAAUUUCCAAGGGACUCCAGAGUGUUCCAGAACUUACCCAGGGUUCAGUUUCCUUGGAAUGAAGGUUAAUGGA